AGGCCUGGAGGAAAUCGGGAGGAGAGGCAGAGAGAGACUGAGGACCAAGCGGACCAAAGGACUCUCUCUGGGCAUGGUCUUCAGCUUGCGAGGUCCAGAAGAAGAGGUGGCCUCAGGGGAAGCAGGAAGGUCAGCUGGACUUGGGGGGCUUUGUCCCGGCCGUGCCAUCUGCGGUUUGCUGGCACCGCCCGUGAAGAAGAGGUGAGCCUCUCUUCUCGGCAAAUCCUUUCGGGCGAGAAGAGUUUUGGAAGAAGGAGACAGGCAGUUCUAGAAAGCCAUGGGCAAUGCCAAGGUUGGGGUUGGGGGUGGCGGCUUGUGGCGAACGAAGGAUGCAGGGUGGAAGGAGGUUGGAGAUUAGGUGGCAUCUCUAAUAGCCCUUCAUGCCAGGGGAGGAGAGGGUGGGGUGGGUGGUGGGGUGGCCUUGGAGUCGGGGAGGGAAAGGAGUUGGGUUUUAGCCCUGCUCAUGCAACCCAGAAGCUUGCUUGCUUGCUGGCUGGCUCCUGGCCUCUGAGCCAGACUUUCUGGGCGAGAGACCACCUUGUAAGGUUGUUGUGAAGAUAAACGGAGAUAUGGGUAGGUUGUAAGUUACCCAAGACUGCAAAAACCACCCCAAGCAAUGUGGGAGGGCUGGGGGACUAGCUUGGGUUAAGACUGCAGGUCUUCUUUUACUUAGGUAUGGAUUAUCAGGUGCAUUAAAAAAAAUAAAAAUCUGUUUAACAAAGUUUAUACCCCACUUGAUUGUAAGAACAACCACCAGCCGCCAAACCUAUUUUGGUUUUUUUUUAAGUAAAAUAUUUGAAAUUGUCAAUAAAAACAGUGAAAACAGGAUUUGGAAACAUCUAAAAGAUGUUUAAACAGUAGCUAAAACAGGAUAAAAUGCAUGUUGUUGUUGUUGUUGUUGUUGUUGUUAUAAUUAUUUUAUUAUUUAUGCCCCACCCAUCUGGCUGGGUUUCCCCAGCCACUCUGGGUGGCUUCCAACAAAAUAUUAAAAUACUGUACAAUAGUCUAUUAAACAUUAAAAGCUUCCCUAAAGAGGGCUGCCUUCAGAUGUCUUCUAAAAGUCUGGUCGUUGUUCUCUUUGACAUCUGGUGGGAGGCUGUUCCUCAGGGCUGGUGCCACCACCAAGAAGGCCCUCUGCCUGGUUCCCUGUAACUUGGCUUCUCACAGUGAGGGAACCGCCAGAAGGCCCUUGGCGCUGGACCUCAGCGUCUGGGCAGAACAAUGGGGGUGGAGACGCUCCUUCAGGUAUACCGGGCCGAGGCCGUUAAGUUGUUCAUGUCUGGGGAGGCUUGCCUAAACAAAAAUGUUUUAAGCAGAUGCCUAGAGUGGCUGGGGGAACCCAGCUAGAUGGGCGGGGUAUAAAUAUAUUAUUAUUAUUAUUAUUAUUAUUAUUAUUAUUAUUAUUAAAGAGUACAGUAAAGGCACCUGCCUGGCGUCAACAGGCCGUGAGUUCCAAAGUGUACGUAGGUGCUGCCUCGCUAAUAUAUUGAUUUCUUACAAGUGUGUGUGUGUGUGUGAAGUGGCUUCUGUCGCAGGGCCGGUUCCACAGUUCAGAGAUGUCACAGAAUAAUAGAAUUGUCAAGUUGGAAGGGACCCUGAGGAUCAUCUAGUCCAGCCUGCCCAGUGCAGAAAUAUUCAGCAUCGCAGGACUGUGCAUCUGUCUCAUAUGGGGCUCAAACCUGCAAUCUUGGUGUUAUCAGCACCACUCUCUAUCCAACUGAGCUACCCAGGCUGUAUUGAGUGGACCUAUUUGGGGUAAGGCAAUCCCAUAAGUAUUCGGGAUUUGAAACCAGGCCUCCCAACCCCUUAGUUCAACGCUCUAUCUCUCUUUCUUUCCUCCAAGGGGUUCAAGAUGCUGAACGCAGCUCCCCAGCUCUGCAUUUUAUACCCUUAGCAACAAUGUGAGGUAAUAAGGCCCAGAGUCAUCCUGUGAGUUUCACAGCAGAAGAGGGAUUUGAACCCGGGCCUUUUUCAAGUCCCGAGUCCAGCCCUCUAGCCACUACAUUUUAUUGUUAUCUGCUGCUUUGUUUUAUGUAAACCACUUGAGAUUAUUUUUUUAAAAAAAAAAUACAUUAAAUAAGGAAUAAAGAAUAAAUACACCACACUGGCUCUCUUGAGGUCUGAGCCCUCAGUCUCAAUUCCAGGAGUAGAGAUCUGAAACAUCUGGAGUUUCCAGGUUUGCUUAGCUACAAAAUAUUGAAGAAAACCUUGGACCUGCUCUAUAACAGUGGCAUGAAAGUUUCUUCGAAUCACAACUUCUCAGUACUGGGUAAAAGCUUUUCCUGGUCAGCAACUGGAAAGGGAACCAGGCAGAAGGCCUUCUCAGUGGUGGCUCCCACCAAUGUCAAGGAGAUGAGUAACUGUACAGCUUUUAGAAGACAUCUGAAGGCAGCCCAGUCAGAUGGAUGGGUAAUAAUAAUAAUAAUAAUAGGCAGAGGACCCUUGCAGAAACAUGGGCCUAGAACAGUUUAAGUUCCCAUCUGGAAAAUAGUUAAGGGUUGCCUGGGUAUUGGCUGAGGUCUACAGGUCCUCUUGGAACAGGUGAACAUAGGAGCGUGUGAGAGGGGUCAGGGUGGGGCUUUUUUGUUGAUUAUGAUUCCCAAAAUUUCUGAGUCUCAUCCCUGCAUUUGGAAAAGAGUAUAAGAGAAGUCCAGUAGGUAAAAGGGUGGGAACAGCUCUCGGAAGCAAAUAAGUGUAUACAGGGAAGAAUAUUGGCCUGAGACAACAGGGACCAAUGUAUAAUUCCCCACCUUCUUUAACCAUCCCAUGAUAUUCAGAAUCAGGGUUUGGGAAGGGUAUAUUUCUCCUCACUCACCUUUUCAAGAAGACACACGUGUUUAACAGGGAAGAUAGUUGUGAAACGAGUAACAGCCUGGAAAAUGCAUUGAAAACACUCCGUAUCCCAUGGUGCAGUGCUCCCUGACAAAUGUCCAUGUCUCCGUGGGCUGCUAAAAUUUCUUGGUUUAGACUCAAAAGUGUCAAAGAAAAACUUCUUUCUGGGCUCUUGAUCUCCUUACCUAAACUUGUCCCAAGAUGAGAAAAUAAGAAGCCAAACUCAUUUUAACCAUUCAGGGACUUUGAGCGUGGAACAUGGAGGUGGUACUUCUUCGAAAUAAAUUUCCCAUGAACUGUGCAAGAAGAGUAAGAUGGAAGGAGAGCCUGAUGAGGAGGAUAUCUGGAGGUGCAGACCUUUCUUUUCUUCCUCUUUCCUCCUAUAAACCCAACAGCCAAAAGAUGGAACAAGACCAUGAACUGCAAAUCUUUAAGCUUCUAUUAGCACUUAAGAUUGUGGUGACAAAUAGUGGAAGAGAGAUCCUGUUUGCAGGUUUCCCACGGUUUUCUGGCUGUCCACUGUGAAAAGAGGAUGCUGGACUAGAUGGGCCAUUGGCCUGAUCCAGCAGCCAGCUCUUCUUAUGUUCUGACCCACCUUAAACAACAGUAUGGAUAAGCCCUUAAUUUCAGCUUAAACUAGGCUUCUCCAACCUAGCACUCUCCAGAUAUUUAGGACUACAACUCCCAUGAGGCUGUGUUGGCUGGGUCUAAUGAAAAUUGUAGUCCAAGGCAUCAAGUUGGGAGAGGCUUGGGCUGAUUCUGCAAACUGCCCUGGGUUCGUUUUUUGUUCGUUUUCACAAUGGGCUCGCAGGCUUUAACCAUUAGUAAAGUUGGAAAGAAAUGCUCUUGAAUUCCUGCUCUGCAGAAGUGUUUAUUCCGGAAUCUAACAAAGGGAGGGUCCCCUGUUCUAAGAAUUUUCUAUGUUUCUCUCCACCUGCCUCCCCUCAGUCCCUCAGAAGGAACCAACUGGCUGUCCACUUUGGUGACCCUGUCUCAAUGGGCAGAAGCCCGGGAGAUUUCCUGCACUUAGUGGCUCUUGAUUUGUUGCCGAAAAAUGUGCCACCAGACCCUCCCUCUUGACUAGUCUGCUGUAGACAACAAAUGCUUUCAGUGCUUCUUUAUCCAGAAAGCAGGCCAAGUGAGCCAACAGUUUCUCAAGGCUGAUUGUGAGAAAAGGCACAAUGCUUUGCAGAGCCCUUUUUGCACGCUGGAAACUGCUUCGGAAGCAAAUUAUGAUCGCAUCUUGGUGAUUGCUCUCGCUUGGCUUCUGCUCAAAGUUGUAUUUUCUCUCUCUCUCUCUCUCUUUGCAAGAGGAGGUGCGUGCGGGGACAACGCCACUGCAGCCAAUCAAACGCUUGUGGUUCUUUCUGUAGCAGUGCCCUUUGAUCCCACAGAUGGAAAUUAUAAUCUUAUGUAUGUUUUGCCUUUUACAUCAUAGGAAACAAAAUACUUUCACUACCAGAAGUCAGGGCAGAGAAGCAAACAUAUGCAAGGCAGGAGAGAGGGAGAAUUAUUGGUGCAAUCGCUGGAUCGGAUGUUCUCUCCAUGUUUUAGAAAUACUUAAACCCAAAUACUGUGUUGGGACUGGUGCGUAGACCGCAUACCUUAAAUUAUUCCUGCAUCACAGGGGGUUGGACUUGAUGAUCCUUGGGGUCCCCAUUCCAAAACUACAAUUCUAUGAUUCUGUAAGCCCAGAGAAGGAUCUCCAGCAAUUCCUAAAAUGAAAGGUGCUAGUUCUACUUGAGACUCAAAGCUCCUGCCGUGCCUAUGAAUCCAACUGUGUCAGGGUAGUUCUUGUUGAAGAAAAGGCACUCUGUAUAUGCUCAGGGGCCCUUUUCUUCUUAUGACCCAUGCUCUGACACUCAUAAGUGAUUUGAGGGCCACAUCUGCCUAUACCUUUUGUAAUAAUAUCUCUGUCUGUCAUCCUGACGGCCCUCCUUUUUUAGUGAUCUCUUAUUGGAUGACUAGUUCUGCAGAAGUUAAAAAGACGAGCACCUGAGGAUGCUUUGUAAAAGGAAAACCAGGUUCCCAAAGUUUCUUCUCCCCCAGCUUUGCCACCUGAUAUGUAGUAACACACAUUCCCAUCUAAAAAGUGGGGUGGGGUGGAAAUAAGAUGGUUAAAUCCAGAGUCUAAAAGUAGCAUUGCAGAAUACUCCAAACUUCCAUGUCCCUGAGUUCAGUCAUCUUUAUGACUGAAUUCAGAUAAACAAUUUAUCAAGAAAACCCAAACAGUUGCCCGGUCCUUCCAUUCAAAAGAAAACCCCCAAAGCAGCUUGCAAAUUAAAACCCACACACCGCACUGUAUGAAACACCGGCAGCUCUGUAAAUAAAUUGCCCUUGGUGAUGAUGAUAAUCUUAAGACUGCUCAGCCGCAAGCUGAGACAAGCCUUGCAGAAUCUGAAUUACAGCAGCUUAGCUCCAAUGGCAUAUCUGCAAUUGCUUUGCUCCUGAACUGCUAGAAACGGCCUGAAAACUCAGAUCUAAGGUUUUGUAAGCAAAAUGGCCAGCAAGCCUUUCGGGAGAUGACUAACUUGGUCAAAUCCAAACCAUCCGUUUCAAUCUAUUUCUAUAACCACUUUAGCAGUCAUGGAGAAUCCUGGAAACUGCUGUUUGUUAAGGCUGCUGACUGAUCUCAUGGAGCUGCAGUUUCUGGCACCCACCAGCAAACUAUAAUUCCCAGGGUUCUCCAUGACUGUUUAGUAGUAAAGGUAAAGGUAAAGGGACCCCUGACCAUUAGGUCCAGUCGUGGCCGACUCUGGGGUUGCGGCGCUCAUCUCGCUUUAUUGGCCGAGGGAGCCGGCAUACAGCUUCCAGGUCAUGUGGCCAGCAUGACUAAGCUGCUUCUGGAGAACCAGAGCAGCGCACGGAAACGCUGUUUACCUUCCCGCCAGAGCGGUACCUAUUUAUCUACUUGCACUUUGACGUGCUUUUGAACUGCUAGGUUGGCAGGAGCAGGGACCGAGCAGCGGGAGCUCACCCCGUUGCGGGGAUUCGAACCGCCGACCUUCUGAUCGGCAAGUCCUAGGCUCUGUGGUUUAAACCACAGCGCCACCCGUGUCCCAUAAUGAUACUUUAAAUGGAGAAUAGCAAAUUUAGAACAGAAUUGUGAAAAAAACUAGUAAAAAGGUGAACCAGGGCACUAUGAACCAAAUAUUUUACAAAUCAGUUUGGUUCCCUUUAUUCUACUCUGAUUAGAGAGCUAGUGUAGAGACUGCGCUGUGAAUCAGGAGGCCUUUGGUUCAAAUCUUGCACCUGCCAUGAACUCACUAGGUACUGUUAGUCAAACCCACUCUCAGCCUUGAUCCUUCCAUCUACAAUAUGGGAAUAAUAAUCCCGGUUUACUUUAUAGGGCUGUUGUUAGGAUUAAAACUAUAAAUGCACUGGAAGCACUUUUAAGAUGAUGCCUCAAAUAGUGGAGGCAGACAGGAUGUGUUCAGAUGUGAACGCAGAUCGCCCCAAAGCCCAAAGUUGGUGGGUUGACAGACUGCCAAAUUAUGGACCACCUUUAUUUUUUUAUUUUUUUUAAAUGAUAUUUAUUAAAGUUUCAAAGAAUACAAAAACAGAACAUAAAAAUACAAGAAAAUACAAAAUACAGAAAAAAGAAUAAAGUUUUUAAAAUAUAACAAAAAAAAAUAAAAUAAAAGGAAACAUACAAAGUAAAAACAAUUAAAAACACAUCUUUAGUUUUCCAUAACAUAUCUUCCUUUCACUUAUUUCCCCGGACCUCCUCAUACCUCCCUUUUUUGUAUUCCAGUUCAGUUUGUUAGUUCAGCAAGUCCUUACCAUUAAGCUUUUACCCAUUUAUAAAACCUUUUUCGUCUCUCUUAAAGCAUUACAGCUGGAAACCACUUAGUUUCUAUCCAACAUCCUUCUAAAAUUCCUUAAUUUUACAAUAUUUCUGUAAAUAGUCUUUAAAUUUCUUCCAGUCUUCUUUCACCGACUCUUCUCCCUGGUCUCGGAUUCUGCCAGUCAUUUCCGCCAAUUCCAUGUAGUCAAUCACCUUCAUCUGCCAUUCUUCCAGAGUGGGUAGAUCUUGUGUCUUCCAAUACUUUGCAAUGAGUAUUCUUGCUGCUGUUGUGGCAUACAUAAAAAAAGUUCUAUCCUUCUUUGGCACCAAUUGGCCGACGAUGCCCAGAAGAAAAGCCUCUGGUUUCUUCAGGAAGGUAUAUUUAAAUACCUUUUUUUUCAUUAUAAAUCAUCUCCCAGAAAGCCUUAAUCCUUGGGCACGUCCACCAAAGGUGAAAGAAUGUGCCUUCAGUUUCUUUACAUUUCCAACAUUUAUUAUCGGGCAAAUGAUAGAUUUUUGCAAGCUUGACUGGGGUCAUGUACCACCUGUAUAUCAUUUUCAUAAUAUUCUCUCUUAAAGCAUUACAUGCCGUAAACUUCAUACCUGUGGUCCAUAACUGUUCCCAGUCAGCAAACAUAAUAUUGUGUCCAACAUCUUGUGCCCAUUUAAUCAUAACAGAUUUCACCGUUUCAUCCUGAGUAUUCCAUUUCAACAGCAAGUUAUACAUUCUUGACAAAUUUUUAGUUUUGGGUUCUAGCAGUUCUGUUUCUAAUUUUGAUUUUUCCACCUGGAAGCCAAUUUUCUUAUCCAGAUUAUAUGCCUCCAUUAUCUGGUAAUAAUGAAGCCAAUCUCUCACUUUAUUUUUUAAUUUCUCGAAACUCUGCAAUUUCAAUUUGUCUCCUUCUUGUUCCAAAAUUUCCCAAUAUUUCGGCCAUUUGGCCUCCAUAUUGAGCCUUUUCAGAGCUUUCGCUUCCAUUGGUGACAACCACCUUGGGGUUUUAUUUUCCAAUAAAUCCUUGUAUCUUGUCCAAACCUUUAACUUCUCUGCAUAAGAACAUAAUCAGAGGCUGUUGGAUCGGGCCAGCAUCCUGUCUUGCCUGACAUCCUGUUCUCACAAGGGCCAGGCAGACGAGGCGCUGGCAUCAGUUUGAUUGGCGCCCCUGGUCUCUAAUGCAGAGGGUGUGCUCUUUAAACCAGCUCUGAGAUCUCCGCAGCUGAUAUCACUGGAGUCAUUCUCCAUCCCCUUCCCACCCAUUCCUGCGUCUCUAUUUAUAGGCGGCGCAGUUACGGAAAUGUGUUCCUGGUCAGGAAGAGCUUGGCAGCUGCAGUUUCAGAAUGAGAUCUUUCCUCUUGGGACUUCUGGGGUUUGGAGCGGCCCGUUUGGAACACGGGGUGUGGCCCCUCCUCAGAUAGCCUGCUCCUGUUGUUUGUGCCCAGUAUCUGGCGAUCGUUGGCAUAUCGAUUCUGAUCAUUGAGGCGUGUUUGGUGAUAGAUCAGCUCCUAGCCAGGGAGGAAUGGAUGGCUGUGUUGAUUUCAGUUUCUCUCACAGCUGACCUACACCAUGAAUUUAAGGCACAUCUGAUAAUAAUAAUAAUAAUAAUAAUAAUAAUAAUAAUAAUAAUAAUUUGUACCCUGCCCAUCUGGCUGGGUUUCCCCAGCCACUCUGGGUGGCUUCCAACAAAGAUUAAAAAUACAUUAAAAUGUCACACAUUAAAAACUGAUGCACAUUUAAAGCACACAACUUUCCCCCAUAGAAUCCUGGAAACUGUAGUUUCAGUCACAAACUACAGUUCCCAGGAUACUUGGAGGGGGGGAAUCAUGUGCUUCAAGUGUGUAUCGGGUGUGCUUUAAAUGUGUGGCUCUGCUGCUUCGUUUUUCUACUCUUCAGUUUGGCUUGCCCCAAAUUCAAGUGGACUUGAACGUUCACACACAUUCUUGUUCCUACUUUGGCAAGCAAUUUCCCCAAAGGGUAUGCACUGUAUGCUCGAACUCGGGACAAAAGGGGGAAAUGUACUAAGAGGAAGGCACACUUGGCAAAUCCACACCAUGGUCAGCUCCUGCCCAGAAACCAAUGUCCUCACUGUGGAAGGACGUGUGGAUCCAGAACUGGCCUCCACAGUCACUUACGGACUCACUGUUAACCAGGGGUCAGCAAACUUUUUCAGCAGGGGGCCGGUUCACUGUCCCUCAGACCUUGUGGGGGGCCGGACUAUAUUUUGAAGGGGGUGAAAAAGAACGAAUUCCUAUGCCCCACAAAUAACCCAGAGAUGCAUUUUAAAUAAAAGCACACAUUCUACUCAUGUAAAAACACCAGGCAGGCCCCACAAAUAACCCAGAGAUGCAUUUUAAAUAAAAGGACACAUUCUACUCAUGUAAAAACACGCUGAUUCCUGGACCGUCCGCGGGCCGGAUUUAGAAGGCGAUUGGGCCGCAUCUGGCCCCCGGGCCUGAGUUUGCCUACCCAUGGUUAAGACCAUGUUCAUGGAAGACAAUCUUACUCAGUUACGAGUGAUUGCCAAAGAAGGAGAAGGACCAAAUUUUGCGGUCAAUGCACAUCCCCACCUGAGACAGAUGUUCAAUACCACAUCUCACCUGCCUUUCGCAAUGGCUGCUAAUCACUAAAGCUCUUUCCGGUGUGCGUCAUAUUCUGUUGGACUUCAGUUUAUUACAUUUUAUAUGUUGUUAAAAAUAUAUAUUUCAUAAACAAUAUUCCAAAUUAAAACCACGCGAUAAAAACAUAUUUUAGAAGUUAAAAACAGACGUCAAUUAGCCUUUGUGGAAAUAUGUUUCCUUAAUUGGCUGCAUAGGCCUGGCAGAAUAGAAAAAUUGUCAGCAGGCAUUUAGAAUUUAAAACAGAAGGUGCCUUCCAAAUCUCUAUUUGCAGAGUAUUCCACAACUCUGAGGUGAUGGCACUAAAGCCUUGGUUUCUUCUUGCUGUCAAACGAGCCUUGCUUGAGGGAUGGGCAGUGACACUCCUGCAGAGAAUCUCAGGAAUCGAGCGGGGAUGAAAAGGCUCAGCAAAUCCCUGGACCCAAGUUGUUCAGGGCUUUGUAAAUUAAGAGAAGGACCUUGAACCUGGCAUGAUUGGAAGCGGGCAGCUGCUUUCACAAUGGCAACACAUGUUGUUGGGCAAGUGCCCCCGUCAGCAAUUUGGCUGCAGCAUUCUGGACCAGCUGGAGCUUCCGAACCAAACCCAAGGACAACCCCACAUAGACCGCCUUGAGGUUGCCAACACAAGGAGUCUUCAGACCAUUGCAGCAUGAAUAGAGCGUUCUGAAAUAUGCGGUGUAUGGAGUGCAUGGGCUAUGACCAAAAAAAAUACGCAUUUGCCAGCAAGCAACACAUAUUGAUGGGCUUGGUGUGAUGUUGCCUUCUGAGGGUGGGCAGUGGGGUGUUCAGAGAGGUCUGCCAGAGUAAUGGCAUCUCAGCAACAUUAUCAUCCUGAAGGAGCGUCUCCACUCCCAUCGUCCAGCCCGGACACUGGGGUCCAGCUCUGAAAGCCUUCCCUCCCUGCGAGAAGUGAGGUUGCAGGGAACCAGACAGAGGGCCUUCUCAGUGGUGGCACCUGUCCUGUGGAACGCCCUCCCAUCAGAAAGUCAAGGAAAUAAACAACUAUCUGACAUUUAGAAGACAUCAGAAGGCAGCCGUGUUUAGGGAAGUUUCUAAUGUUUGGUGUUUUAUCGUGUUUUUAAUAUUCUGUUGGGAGCCACAUAGAGGGGCUGGGGAAACCCAGCCAGAUGGGCAGGGUAUGUGUGUGUGUAUGUAUGUAUGUAUCAUCAUCAUCAUUAUCAGAUGCCAUGGACUGGCUGGACACAGAUCAAUGAUUGGAGGAAGGAACCAGCUGAGGAACCACCAAGGGAACAAGGCUCAGAGCCUGGGGAUUGGUAGUGGGACGAUGAUGAGUGGUCAGAUGGAGAUGAGAGAGAAGACUGGGAAGAGGAGGUAUUGGAAGCUGAAGGGAUAACAGGGCUCUGUGAGCAGGGAGACUCUGUGACAAAGAGAAGUGCAGAACCAGAGGCAGAAGCUGAAGCAGGAGAGGAGGGAGGCCAAGAGGCAGAGAGGAGUCUGGCUGAGGAAGACGUCAAGGUGUCUCCCCCUCUCUUGUGACCAGCUCCCCUCCCUCUUGGUCUCCCAGAACCAGGAGAGGCGUGAAGAGGGUGGAGGAGAGGUUGGCUGCACACAGGCAUGGAAAAAGCCCUGGAAAGAAGGGGACUUAGACAUCUGUGGGGAGACGGGGACUUUCAGUCUGGGCAACUGAUGCAUGGUGUAAAAAUAUGUGGAGUUUAGCAUUAGCUGGGAAAAUAAAGGCUUGGAGAACCCUGAAAAAUUCAUUGCUGCUUGUUGGGAUUUUAUCUUAUCUACAAGAAGUAGACACAGGACAGCCUCUCCACAGCACAACAUGAAAUUUGGCUUACUUGAUGGUUUCAAGUACUUUACCCACCUAAUAUUAAAUCAUUUUUGUAAAUGCUGUGCUGCCUUUUUGUACUUCUAUUGGUUUGCUUUAUUUACUUCAAUAAAAUCUUUUAAAAUAAAUAAAUCAGAGGGCAAUUUGAUUGGGAUGUUCUGUCUGUCUUUCAGCCAGAAAAGUGAUGUGAAGAUGUCAACGCUUGUGGAACCAGCAAUGCACACUCUCCAAAUCGGUAAGAAAUACUGGAAGAUAUUCAGUGAUAUGGGAAAACUGGGCAUAUUCAGCCUGGGAAAAUAAAAGAAGGUGGGUGGCGGGCAGAGGACCUGGGUACCACUUUCCAAAUCUCUGUAGAGGGUGAAGACAAUUUCUUUACUGCCUCAGAGGGCAGUAGACACUAGACCUGGUAAUCUUACAUUACCUCACUGUUACUUACCAAAGCACUGGGUGGGAGUUCUGUCCAAGACCAAGGAAAAAGGAUAACACGUUGUUGUUUCGAACAUGUUUUGAAUUGGCAGCCUUAGCUGUGUUGCGUUCCUGAACUUUCUGAGGAAUUGAUAAGUGUCACUUCUGCAGCGAUGAUGGGCUUGGGGAUUUCUACAGAAUAGCCAGAGGCAAAACAGAGAAGUUGCUUAGGAGGCGGCACUUCAGAAUGUGUUGAGAGGAUAUCAACCCACCUCCCCACUUACCUAUCAGGCUCCUUUCCUAAAAAAAAAAACACAACUCCAGGCAUUUCAAUUUGACCUUUUUGCUGGGGGAACAGAUGGACAAAGGUGCAAAGCCCUUCUGUCUACACCUAGAGUCUUGAUCCAGAUUGUGGUCUUUGUGUUGGACUUAGAGCAACAGAACAAUCUGGUCAUUACAAAGAAAUUCUGUCCUUGGUAUGCCUCCCCCCCCCCUUCUCAGUUUGAUUCCCUGGCACCAUAUUUGUAUAAAUUAACCAUCCCAAAAUACAGACGUGCCUUCACACUGGCCAGAUUGGAUGUGAUGAUCUCUGCUGUACUUGAGGGCAGAUACCAAAAUAUUCCAACUGAGAAACGACUCUGCCCCUGUGGAGAUGGCAAUCUGGAAACAGUGGCUCAUGUUCUCCUGUCCUGCCCCCUUUAUAAAGAUCUGAGGAAUGAGAUCAUCACCCCACUCUUACUUUCCAUCCCAGGCCGCCCAUCUGCGGUCACACUGGUCUUUCUUUUAUCAGAUCAAAAUGAUCAGACAACAGCAAAGGUUGCUAGGUUUAACGAGGGUGCAAUGAGAUUAAGGGCCACUAUCUGAACGAUGAUCUUGGUCGUUUGAUUGCCCUUUUUACCCAUUGUUGUCUUUUUAAUUGUAUAUAUUGCUUGUUUUAUGUUGCUAUGGCCGUUGGCUAAUGCGAAUCAAGUUUAUCUGUCUGUCUUUGUGUUGGCAGUGUGUGAGAGAGUGAGACAGAGAGAGAGAGAAGGAACCUGCACUCUUGCAGAACUACACAAUCAAAAUCAGAAUUCAUGUUGUUGUUGUUGUUGUUUAGUCAUUUAGUUGUGUCCGACUCUUCGUGACCCCAUGGACCAGAGCACGCCAGGCACUCCUGUCUUCCACUGCCUCCCGCAGUUUGGUCAAACUCAUGCUGGUAGCUUCAAGAACACUGUCCCACCAUCUCGUCCUCUGUCAUCCCCUUCUCCUUGUGCCCUCCAUCUUUCCCAACAUCAGGGUCUUUUCCAGGGAGUCUUCUCUUCUCAUGAGGUGGCCAAAGUCUUGGAGCCUCAGCUUCAGGAUCUGUCCUUCCAGUGAGCACUCAGGGCUGAUUUCCUUCAGAAUGGAGAGGUUUAAUCUUCUUGCAGUCCAUGGGACUCUCAAGAGUCUCCUCCAGCACCAGAAUUCAAAAGCAUCAAUUCUUCGGCAAUCAACCUUUAUGGUCCAGCUCUCACUUCCAUACAUCACUACUAGGAAAACCAUAGUUUUAACUAUACAGACCUUUGUUAGAAUUCAUAUGUUUUUUAAAAAAAUCUUUAUUUUAUAUUCUAGCCCAUAUUGAAGCUCAGAUUUGCUCAGAAAGUGUGCAGGAAUCCCACGCUGAUAUCUCAGAAGUCAAAGAGGCAUCAAAAUGGAUUUCCAUGGGUCAGAGAGUAUGAGGCAAUAAGCGCUCUGACCUUGCCCCCUCCCCAUGAUCAGCAAAAGCAGGGGGGGAAAUCCAAAAUAUCCAAAAUAUCUGCAUAUUUUAGGCACCUUGUAGAAUUCCUGUGGAAGCAGAGCGCUUCUGGAUCAUGUAAUCUAGCCCAGCCUCCUGUUCUCACUGUGGGAAAAGGGGUGCGGGUGGCGCUGUGGGUUAAACCACUGAGCCUCUUGGGCUUGCCGAUCAGAAGGUCAGCGGUUCGAAUCCCCACGAUGGGUGAGCUCCCAUUGCCCUGUCCCAGCUCCUGCCAACCUAGCAGUUCGAAAGCACGUCAAGUGCAAGUAGAUAAAUAGGUACUGCUGUGGCGGGAAGGUAAACGGCAUCUCUGUGCGUUCUGGCACUCGUCAUGGUGAUCCAUUGCGCCAGAAGCGGUUUAGUCCUGCUGGCCACAUGACCCAGAAAGCUGUCUGUGGACAAGCGCUGGUUCCCUUGGCCUGAAAGCGAGAUGAGUGCCACAACCCCAAACUUAGUUGGCCUCUAAGGUACUACUGGAAUGAUUUUUUUAUUUUGUUUUGACUAUGGCAGACCAACACAGCUACCUACCUGUAACUACAACCCCAUAGUUGCCUUUGACGGGACUAAACCACCCAGGGGUCCUUUACCUUUUUCCUUUUCUACCUUCUCACUGUGGCCAACCAGCUGCCCCAAUGGGAAGCCCAGAUCCUCUGACACGAGAAGCAGAAUGUAGCCACCGUUCUUCAUGCAGCACAUCGUUAAACUGUGGAACUCCCUGGCACAGGAUGCAGGGAUGGCCGCCAACUGGGGUGGCUUUUGGAGAGGAUUAGACAUAUUCAUGGAGGAGGAAAGGGCAAUUGAUGGCUACUAACCAGGAUAGCUCUGCUGUGCCGCCCCAGCUGGUAGUAGCAGGGCUAGAAACCACCAGAUGGGAGAGUGGCUCUUGCGUUCGAAUCCUGCUUGCAGGUUUCCCACAGGCAUCUGUGAGGACAGGAUGCGCCAUUGGCCUGAUCCUGCAGGCUCUUCUUAUGCCAGUGGCCAUUCCAUUUUUCUCGGAGAUGAGUUUGGAUUGCCUGCAUACGUAAUUGCAAAUCCUUUCGCACAGAGGAGGCUGAGGCACGCUCCUGAGUGUUUCAACUUACCUGCGGCAUGAUUUAUAAUUUACACCCGUGAUGUUAUUGUUUCCUAAGAAUUUGUGUACCGUUUUGCGAGGCAUCCUGUUUGCUGCGUGAGCUCAGUUCAGGCGGCUUUGAUCCCAAAGCAGCUAUUUGUUUUCAUUUCGGCAGAGUGCCUCUUUCAUUUCUUCCCUUCUCUCCCCCCCCCCAAUACGCACAAGUAAGAAGAUCUGGGUAAAGAGCCUUCUCUGAGAACAUGUUGGUUUCAUUUCAAAAUCCUGGCUGGUUUCUGUCUAUUUUUUGUACCAGAUGAAAUAUUAACAUGACAGGCGCCCGAGACAGAAAAAGCCACUUAGGGAAUCGGAGAGAAGGGUCUGGUGUCGUGUCUCUCCAGUCGCUGAUUCUUCACAGCAAGAGUUGCUGAGACUAAUCUCUGGAGCUGUAUUUGGAAAGGGACAAAAAAAACCACCAUCUUUGACAGGCUCAUAAAACCCAAGCCUUUUAAAACGACUCGCUUCUCCAGGCGUUCAGCCAGGAGCUGCGAUGGAGUAACUCUCUCAAAAGUUGUCCUUCUCGGGAUGUUGGUGGUCUGAGAAGGAUAGAGGGGGCCUACUUUGAAGGGAUGGUAAUCUUUGGUUAUACCGUAUAUAAAGAAAAUACUGUCUGUCUCUACCUUUGCAAACCUGGGGCAACCAGAAUGAUCAAGGAAAUGGAGCUUCUCCUGUAGGGGAAAAGGUUGAGAUUUGGGGACUUUUUGGAGAAAAAGCGAGUGAGAGGUGACAUAAUAAUAAUAAUUAAUUAAUUAAUAAAUAAUAAUAAUAAUAAUAAUAAUAAUAAUAAUUUAUUUAUACCCCACCCAUCUGGCUGGGCUUCCCAGCCACUCUGGGCGGCUUCCAACAAAAUAUUAAAAUACAGUAAUGCAUCAAACAUUGAAAGCUUCCCUAAACAGGGCUGCUUUCAGAUGUCUUCUAAAAGUCUGGUAGUUGUUUAUUUCCUAGACAUCUGGUGGGAGGGCAUUCCACAGGGCGGGCACCACCACCGAGAAGGCCCUCUGCCUGGUUCCAUGUAAUUUGGCUUCUCGCAGUGAGGGAACCGCCAGAAGGCCCUCAGCGCUGGACCUCAGUGUCCGAGAAGAAUGAUGGGGGUGUAGAUGCUCCUUCAGAUAUACCGGAUCGAGGCCGUUUAGGGCUUUCAAGGUCAGCACCGACACUUUGACUUGUGCUCGGAAACAUACUGGGAGCCAACAUAGGUCUUUCAGGACCGUGUUAUGUGGUCUCGGCGGCCGCUCCCAGUCACCAGUCUAGCUGCCGCAUAUACGUGUCUGGAGGAAGUUGGACAGCAAAGGGGUUUUCUCCCUCUCUCAUACCACAGGAACUCGUGGGCUUCGGAUGGAGCUGAAUGUUGGAAGAUUCAGGGUAGACCAAAUGAAAAAUGUGCUCACUCAGAGCAGAUAGACUGUGGAACUCCCUGCCACAGGAGGAAGUGAUGGCCACCAACUUGGGUGGCUUUAGAAGAUGAUUAGAGAAAUACAUGGAGGAGGAGAGGGCUAUCGAUGGCAAUGAAUCCUGCUUGCAGGUUUUCCUUUGAGGCAUGUGGCUGGUGUCCCUAUUUCCCAGGGACAGUCCUGGAUUGGCAGAAGCGGUUUCUGAUCUGAUCCCAGAACAUCCCGCUUUCCCUUCGGACGUCCCUUUUGUCAUCAGAGAAUUGUUGGGGGGAUGCAGAAUUAGAGAGGCCAUCGGCUUGAUCUUGCAGGCUCUUUUUGCGUAGUUUUGUGCUACAGACCCCGUGGCCACUGCCAGGAGAGGAUGCCAGGCGAGAUGGGUGCUUGGCCUGAUCCAGCCGCGCUCCUCUUAGGGUGAGGUUUGGCAAGUGCCUGGGCAGACCAGCCUUGCUCAAAGCAGGCCUUGAGAUCUGAACCAGCGCCCCCGGCCCCCUUGCAGCUCUGAGAGAGGCCCUCGCUGCUAGGGGUCUCAGAUGCCUUGCAGAUAAAGUGACUCUCCUCCACCACCUCCUCCUCCUCCUCCUCUCCCCUGAACCAACAGCUGGAUCCUGUCAGCCAAGAAGCCAUACUUCUGGCCUGGAACGGGGUAGCAGUGAUGGAGGGGGGAGCAAUUAACUCCAUCCCCUAAUUGGAACCAUCUGCGGCGCAGGGGAGUGCGGUCUAUGCGCCGACGGGACGGAGACAUGUCUGCCUCAUUAGGCGCGCAUUGCGUGGGCGAGACAAGGCGUCCAGCACACUCAGGGCUCCAAUCCGCACGAACACCACGCAUAGCUGUCAACGUUUUCCCUUUUUUAAAGGGAAUUCCCUUAUUCUGAAUAGGAUUCCUCACAAGGGAAAAGUUGACAGCAAAGCCAGAGGCGUGUUUGCUUCAGAUAGCGUAGAGAACGACACCCGCCUCUCUUGGGCUGGAGCAGAGUCCCCUUCUUGGAAAAUUGCAGUCUGCAACACACAAACACACACACACACCUCCUUUUUCCCCAGGCUUGCUUGAGGUUUCUUACUGGCAGUUUGAGUCCUAUUGAUUUCAACAGAGCAAGAGAACCAGUUUGCACAUUUGGGACAACCAAGUGGCAAAGACAUCCCAGCUUGAGGGUUUUUAAUAAUAAUAAUAAUGUUAAAAAAAUUAUUUAUAUCCCACCCUCCCCAGCCGAAGCUGGGCUCAGAGCAGCUAACAACAAUAAAAGUAACACAGUUUACAUAAAAUCACAAUCAAUUAAUUGAUAUGCAUUCUAAAAUCAAUUCAAAAUCAAAUUAAUGGCAACCAUUGGGCUAGAGUUCUGUGAGGAUUGCCAAAGGAGGGGGUCAGGCUGUGUCCUGGCCAAAGGCCUGGUGGAACAGCUCUGUCUUGCAGGCCCUGCGGAAAGAUGUCAAGUCCCGCAGGGCCCUAGUCUCUUGUGACAGAGCGUUCCACCAGAUCGGGGCCAUGGCCGAAAAAAGCCCUGGCUCUGGUCGAGGCCAGUCUAACCUCCCUGUGGCCCAGGAUCUCCAAGAUCACUGCAGAUGAUGACAGCAGCCACGAGAAAGCUGCAGAGGUAGCGCAGGAUAGUGCGUACCCCAGAAAUUAUCUCUUUCAGCUUCUGCCUUCUGGAAGAAGGUACAGGGUUAUAAAGACUAGGACUAGCCACCUGAGAAACAGUUUUAUCCAAAUGAGAUUUUGGUUUUAAACGCAGUGUAAGGUAGUCUCUGUGGGAGUAUAUUGUAUUUAAUUAUGGGGUAUCAGACUUUUUAGGGGGUUAACCAGGCUUUUUAGGGGGUUAACCAAGAGAAGAGAAGACUCCCUGGAAAAGACCCUCAUGUUGGGAAAGAUUGAGGGCACAAGGAGAAGGGGACGACAGAGGACGAGAUGGUUGGACAGUGUUCUCAAAGCCACAAACAUGAGUCUGACCAAACUGCGGUAGGCAGUGGAAGACAGGAGUGCCUGGCAUGCUCUGGUCCAGGGGGUCACGAAGAGUUGGACAUGACUAAACCACUAAACAACAACAACAACAACCAGGCUGGGAUAGCUGGGAUAGCAGGCUUGCUGGGUUUUGAAUGUCUGAUUUAGAUUUUUUCAAUUUCCUUGUUCUGUAUGGGACAAUGACAAUAAAGGUUAUCGUAUCAUAUCGUAUCAUGGAAUGCCCUCCCAUCAGAUGUCAAGGAGAUAAGCAACCAUCUGACUUUUAGAAGACAUCUGAAGGCAACCCUGUUCAGGGAAGUUUUUAUGUGUGAUGUUUUAUUGUGUUUUUAAUAUUCUGUUGGGAGCCGCCCAGAGUGGCUGGGGAAACCCAGCUAGAUGGGUGGGGUAUAAAUAAAUACAUUAUUACUACUACUACUACUACUACUACUACUACUACUAUUAACAUCAUCAUCAUCCCUGGUGGCAUCUAGGGUCAUGGCUAAAAAGCCCCUGCUUGAGACCUUGGCGUCAGUGUGCCGGCAAUACUAAAACGCACAUCUUCCUCCCAAACAAUCCUGGAAGCUGGAGUUUGCUAAGGGUGGUAGGAACUGUAACUCUGCCGGGGUUAAACUACCCAGAUUAAGGGUAGUUUUUAAUAAGGGUUAAAUUCCCUGGAUUCUUUGCAGGAAGUUCAUGUGCUUUAAAUUGGCAUCAAAUGUGCUUUGAACGGUGUGGUUCUUCCUAGAUCGACCAGUGGGGCUGACUCUGUAUCUGUGGCAGCUUCCUUUAUUCCUUUCACACUUCCCUUUCAGCCCUGCAAAUGAGGAGCCUGAAAGAAAGCAAAGAGCUGAUACGAUUAAAAAUAAAUGCUUCCCUUCCUAGUCACCUCGAGGGAGAUUCCCACUCAUUCUUGGUGACCAGGACAGGGGCUUUCGCAAACCUACCUUUCUCUUCUUAUCUGCCAGGUGCAAACGGAGAGCGAUCCCGCACCCCAUCUCCCCAAAACUCUCCCCGACUCCACAACGAAAGCUGCAACAUCGCCCCUCUGACGCCGUCCCAGUCGCCGGUAAGCAGGGAGAGGUUCACAGGCAGGGUGUGAGGGUGAUAAUCCCUGCCGCCCCCAUCCAAAAUAGCCUAAGUUCAGUCUAUUGCCUGCCAUGUCUCUUUGAGUAUUCAUCUGGCCUUGUUUAAAAAGCUGUUGUCACAGCAUCUUGUGGCAGUGAGUCCCAGAGGCCACCUGCAGUGUGCGAAACACGUCCUUUUCGCUUGUCUUAAGCCUGCUGCCUACAGCAGUUUUCUGUCUCUUUCCCCCUUUCUCCCAGUUUUAUUUACUUAGGUGGGAAGCAUUUUUUAAAAGUGAAAUGUUCAGAUUCCUGCAUCGCAGGGGGUUGUUCUAGAUGACCCUAGGGGUCCCUUCCAAGUCUACAAUGCUAAAGCAAUCCUCCACCAUCUAGCCUGUGAUCGAACAGUCUGGGAUUCCACCACCUCACUCUGAGCAAUGGGUUAAGCCAGUCUUGACCGUUUGGGUGUCCUCCAUAGGGUUCAGACUACAAAUCCUAUCAGCCCUGGUCUGGGACUGAUGGAAGUUGUUGUCCAAAUCAUCGGCUGGGGGGGGGGCAAAGGCACUGCUAAGCCCACAGAUUCUUAGUCGGGUGUGGUGAAAAUGCCCUCCAGGAACUGAAUCCUCUGCCUUCUGUUUCCAGAGGAAUGAAAUCCGGAUGCGCCAAACCACUCCUUUCUCUGUGGUGGUAGCAAUUGACUUUGGGACCACGUCCAGCGGCUACGCCUUCAGUUUUGCCAGUGACCCAGAGGCCAUCCACAUGAUGAGGUACGUGGCAUUGCCGGGAGGAAGAGUCCUGCAUCGCAGGGGGGUUGGAUUAGAUGGCCUUUGGGGUCCUCUACAAUUCUACGAAUACAAGAGGGUCAAAAUGAAUUCCCUGCAAGCCUCGCCCUGCGUUAAACAUUCACCUUCUUAAAAUCCCCCUCUGUGAGGUUGAAGGGUGAACUGUCAGGCGGCACAGGAUCCAAGCCCCAUGGCUGGUCGCCAGGAAUGGAUAAGACAAGGAAAAGUUCUUACCAACUGCUUUUUAUUCAAUAUUCACAGAGAGAGGCUUGGGAAUGCCACCUCUUGGAAGAAUGGCGUUGCCCCGAGUGAGUCUCCACCCGCUCCCUCUUUCAUGCGCCAUCGCUACGGGUGCUGAAAAAAUGCAUUCCCUUAUUCCGAAUAGGAUUCCUCGCAAGAAAAGGGAAAUGUUGACAGCUGUGCCUCUGCCUUUGAGCUCUUUGCUCUCCUACUUUCAAGGCCCGCCGGGUUCUGGGAGAGGGAGGGUCUGGAAUGCUUUUCAAAGACUCUGCGUCUGUCAGCUGUGCUUCUUCCUCGUCCCCUCCCAUUAUUUCCCAGCUUUCCCCCUCAUCUGCCUCUGAGCUGUGACCUCCCUCAAAUUCUGAACUGUCGUCCUCUUCUCUGGAAGGGUCAGGCUGGGAAGGCGGUUUCUACCAUGCCCAGUCCCUGACAUGAAUUUUACCUGUACCUGUGCCUUCUCUUGCGGGGGCCCAAUUAGUGACACUGCCUUCUGUUAAGAGUUUGUGUGUAAUCCUUGGCAACUCCCUUUCCAUGGAGGCGCAGGUUACAGCAACAACCAAGGCGACAUUUUUCCACCUUUGCCAUAUCAAGCAGUUGGUUACUUACCUUUCCCGCCCCGACCUGGCCACAGUGAUCCAUGCAACGGUCACCUCCAGGCUUGACUACUGUAAUUCACUCUAUGCGGAACUGCCCUUGAAACUGUCCCACAAACUCCAGCGGGUGCAGAAUGCUGCAGCGAGGCUCCUCACGGGGUCCCUGCCAUGGGAGCAUAUUCACCCAGUGCUUUACCAGUUGCACUGGCUCCUGGUGGAGUACAGGGUCAGGUUCAAGGUGCUGGUUUUGACCUUUAAAGCCCUUUGUGGCUUAGGGCCCUCGUAUCUGUGGGACUGCCUCUCCUGGUCUGCCCUGCAGAGGACCUUAAGGUCCAUGAAUAACCAUAGUUUAGACGUCCCAGGCCCUAAGGAAGUCAGACUAUCCUCCACCAGGGCCAGGGCCUUCUCAGUGAUGGUUCCGACCUGGUGGAAUGCUCUGUCCCAUGAGACCAGGGCCCUGCAGGAUUUAACCUCCUUCCACUGGGCCUGUAAGACAGAACUAUUCCACCUGGCCUUUAAUUUGAAUUCAGCCUGAUCUUUUAUUUCCCUUCUCUUCCCUCCCCUUCCCCUUUUAUGAAGAUUACCUGCUCUGAGACCCCACAGCUAAUUCUCCCCUGGUCUCCUCACUGGCCCAAGUAGGACCAAUUCAGCCAGCUAGCCCUGGGGAUUAUCUAAUGCUUAUUAGAUGGGUUUUCCCUAAAUUGAUUUCUGAACUUUGAAUUUUAUUGUUAUUCAUGUUUUUAUACUGUAUUUUAUGCUGCUUUUACAAUUAAGUGUUUUAAAUUUGUUGUUGGCUGCCCUGAGCCCAGUUUUUGAACCGGGAAGGGUGGGGUAUAAAUAAAAAAUUAUUAUUAUUAUUAUUAUUAUUAUUAUUAUUAUUAUUACCUGGGUUUAUUGGUGGAGGGCCAACUGCCCUUACGGCUCCCUUGCCUGUGGACGCCCCAGUUGUGCAGCAGGUUGUGGACCAGUAAGUGAAGUGGACUGGGAGGGUGCGACCUCUUUCAGUGAGUCCAUAGGCUGAAUAGAGGGACACCAUCCAGCCGUUGCAUCUGCGGUUCCCCACAUCCGUUUAGGACGCAGACAAGUCAACCCACUUUCUGAUCCCUCCUUCCAGGAAAUGGGAAGGCGGAGACCCAGGAGUAGCCCACCAGAAGACCCCCACCAGCCUCCUCCUGACUCCGGACGGCAGUUUCCACAGCUUUGGCUACACCGCCAGGGACUACUACCACGACCUGGAUCCCGAUGAAGCUCGCGACUGGCUGUACUUUGAGAAGUUCAAAAUGAAGAUCCACAGCACUAGCGUGAGUUCAGUGGCUGAAGCCUCCUUUGGGGGCCAUGCAAGGCACAGUAUCCCCGACUGAUGGGAUAUGGAAGCACUUUCAAGGCAGCCAACAAGUUCCUCUCAGACUUAAGGAUCAAAAUUUGAGCUCACAAGGACUGUUUGACGGUGGGAUGGUCGAGCCCCAGGAGGUUCUGGACUCUGUGCUGGGCCGGGGGUUAACCCAAGCAACAAGGUCCAGGUCUGGUCCCGAAUCCAAGGAUUCUGUGAGGAGUCAGUCUGACAGGGCCCAGGCAGGAAACUGGGCAAGGUCAGGCACAGGGUAACAGGCAGCUUCCAGCAAGCAGCAAUAUUGCUCCCGCAACCUGGGGCAGGGUCCGACAGCCUUUUAUCUUUGUCGGGGUAGCGGCCGGUCCUGAUCCCCCGGCGACUCACCUCCCUGUCUCGCCCGAAAGCGAGCACUCCUCCUGCGAGUACUCGGGUCUCUCCUUCUCUCAGACCUCAAUCUCUGAAGCUCGGGAGAUGUUGGUGGGUUACUAGAUCUAGAGGCCGCCUCAACCACUCCUGACCCAACCUGUAGUGGAGCAGCUGUAAGGCAUCUGGAGCCAGGGCAGGCUCAGGCCCCUGACUCGGCCCAGCUGGUGCUUGUUGCAGGGGAACCUGUGCAGACUGGGACUCUUCAGAAUCAGGCCCCAGACUCGGUUCAGAUGAUGCCUGAGGCAAAGGAUCCAGUGCGGACUGAGACUCCUCUGGCUCUGAGUCCGAUCCCGAGUCCCAGGCCAUCAGAACCUCCUUCCUUGGAGGUUUUUAAGCAGAGGUUGGGUGGCCAUCUGUCAGGGAUGCUUUAGCUGAGAUUCCUGCAUUGCAGGGGGUUGGACUAGAUGACCCCUGCAAUGCAGGGAACCCAGCUAAAGAAUCCCGAACAGAUGCCCAUCCAAUCUCUGCUUAAAAACCUCCAGUGAAGGGAAGCAAUUUGUACAAUUUGUGUCCACAAGGCUUCAAUCUAUUCUGCUGUAUUUAUUUUGCAAGAUGUUUGUUGCAUUCUUCGUUGAGAACAACGCAGCAAAAGUGACCUUCAGUUUUCAGUCACCCACAAGCUUCUCCUGGACGCUGGAUGCUCUUUAUCCAAAAUGAAAGCAGCCUCUCUCAGUUGUUUGGUUUUUUUCCUUUCCAAAGUGAGGUGUGAUGAUUGGUGUUGAUAUUUCUGAGCUCUCAGAGAUGACCAGGAACAAGUUAGGCAGGUUCUGAUAACCCAAAGGCAGGAGUUGGUGAUUCUAACCUGUUUGUGCACAUCUGUUAUAUUAAGAAUGCCAUGUGAACACUUUGAAUUAAGUUACUUAAGAGGAAACCCGUUUGCCUUCAGGGAGAUUCUGUCUGUUCCAGUGGGCAGAUGAUCUCCCAGGUGAUCUUCAAACUCCCAUGUGCAAUUUGCAGCUGAUGGCCAUGUUGGAAUAUGGAUACUGUAGAUGCUAAGAGAAGAUAUAUUUAUUAGAUACUGACCUUCCUUCCUCAUGUUUGUGAGUUCAGCAGAAUGGUAUCCCUUUCCAUCUUAGAAGGGAAGCUUAGAUAGAUAGUUUUAGCGUUUAAUUUUUGUUUGCUUGUUUGUUUUGUUAAAGAUUUUCUUGUUUUACAAAAGUGUUUGCAAUGUCUCUCUCGUAUUUUUUCCCCCAUGUAACAUUUUUACAAAUCAGUUUCAUUUGUUGAGACAUUGGGAAUUCAGGAUGCCUUAAGGCAGACUGGGUUCUCCUAGCAUUACUCCAUCUCCCCCCCUUAAAAUAACAAUCAAAAACAAGGUAAAAUUACAUUUACUCACUCAGAAUACUUCUGGAAGAGUAACAGAGCAGCUUUGCUCGGGCAGGCUGAAUGGACAAUUCGGUGACAAAAACAUGCUUAAGACCAGCUUAAAAAUGGAGUUGCAAUGCCCUUGGGAAACCUGGCAGUCUGUCACGGGGUGGUGGUCUAGGUGGAAGCAUGCAGGUGGAGAAGGGAAUGUUUAUGAGAGGCUCAAGGGUCCUGUGUAUGUCCCCUUGAGGCUAGAAGCCGGCUGGAGUCCAGGUGAGAUGUACAGUAACAAGGGGGCAGGGCGUGUCGGUGGGAGAAGAUCAGGACCCUGGUCAGUUCCCCGUGGAGAAAGCCUACAAGGGAAGAAGCAAAGGACAAGCUUGCUCCCCUGGAUGUCCAAAGACGGGGGCUAUUGAAUGAACUGAGAGCAAUCCAUCUCUGUUUCCCUCCUCUUUUGUUAGGACUUAACCAUGAAAACCGAACUGGAAGCAGUGAAUGGGAAGAAGGUGCAGGCUCUGCAGGUCUUUGCCCAUGCUCUCCACUUCUUUAAGCGACAAGCACUGCAGGUAAGGGAAAGGGGGCAGACACCCAGAGGUGCAUGUCCGUCAUGCAGAGAAGUCACACAGAGGCAAAAUUCGGCUGGGCAUGAAAUAACUUUCUGCAGUUGUCUGGAGAAGGCAUUUGACUGGCUGGUGUUUCUCCUCCACCAUAAUAAUUUGUUACAGUCUCCUUUUUAGCCUCUCCCACAGUUUCUUCCCCACUCAGAGACCCUCCUUUUGCUAAUAUUUCUUCUUCGCAGACUUGGGGCCCCUGUAGAUGGCAGCUCCUUUGCAGGGGUUUCCUGAAACAUGUUACUGAUGCAAUAAUAGUGCAUUCAAGGUGGGUUUAUACACCGGACAUCAUUCUGCUUUGUUAUAUUUUUAAAUUUUUAUUGGAAAUUUUAUUUACAACAUAACAUAAACAGAAAUCCUCCCUCAUUAAACACAAACAUAACAAACAAUAAGCAUAACAUACAACAAUACAAACAACCAAAUAAAAGACUUCCUUUAUCCCGUAUCUGGUCUCCUUAUAAGAAGUAAAUACUUAUAAGCUGUUUCCUUUAUGAAUAAUUAUUAAGAUUUUUCUAAUUAUAACUUAAAUAUCCACAAAGUCUCCUGCAGACAUUAAUUGAAACAAGUCCUGGUAUGUAUUUUAGGGCACUGUUUUGUGAAGUAUUCUCUGCAUUUCCCCCAUGCUUUUUGAAACUCUUGUCUAGUGUGAUCUCUAAUUGCCUCUGUUAAUCUAGCCAGUUCAUCAUUCUGCUUUAUUAGUUCUUCUGCAGUGCUUCCCCCAAUGUUAUUGCACUGUUGCCCUCUGGAGGGGCAUCCAUGCCCUAUAUUGCAGCUCACCCCCCCCCAAUUACUUGUGUGCUGCAAUUAGGCUUGGAAAAAGCCCUUUGUUGCAAUAGAAAGCUUCUUUUCCAUUCUAAUGCAAGCAGGGAACAGCAAGGUGAGGGAGAGACACUGUGGGAUGGGUUUGCAGGCCCCCUGUGCAUGGACACACACACAGGGCUUGGGACCAGAAUAACCUAAAGAGCCACCUUCUCCACUGUAAGCUUGCCUCAUCACAAAGCUCAAUCAGCUACACAGGCCCUUCUCCAAGCUGAGGUAGGUGCCAACUGGAUAAGCAGCCUUUUCAGUGAUGGCCCCACAACUCCGAUAUCUCCCUCUCCAAACAGAUUUGGGAGGUACCCACAAUAUGGCAGUUUCCAGGGCUGGUGCAGCACAGAAGAGUGACUGGAUUCAGGCAGUGCCAGGGAGAGGUGGGCGGAGAAGAGAGAAGAACUGGUGUUUGGAUGUCGCAGGAGGACCUUGAAGGUGGUGGUCCAAAUUGUGUGGAAGAGGCAGCAUUUGGGCUACACUUCAGACAGCAAAAUAUCAUGGGCUGGCCUGGGAUAUGGCUGCCAGGCAGCUAUCUGCGUGUUACCUUGCAACAAUCUGCAUUCCUUCCAGUUAGAAGUAGCAGUGAAUGUCAGUGUUUGGAAAAGAAAAAGGUUCUGACCUCCUUUUUACUCCUUUGCCUAGUCCUCAGACCUUAGUUGGCACAAAAGAGUCUUUGAGAAAGAGUAUUCUUGCAGAGUAUUGCUGCUUUUAUUCUUAAAACGUCUUCCUCUCCAACCACGACUGGCAGCAUUUACAAACACCAAGCACAACCAGCUUUCUAUCAUCCAUCCAUCCAACCAACCCAACACCCAACACUAACAUUGACCACUCUAUAUAUACCGUUACAAUUUGGUGAAAGGUUUCAUGAGUCAUUGUAGGCCACUGACUCAUGCUGACUUAGUUCUUUUAGCGUUAAAGAAACAGCGGCCAAUUUUUAGCCGUGACAGUGAAUAAGUUUGCCUCUCCUUCCUAUGGCUGCUCCCUUCCCCCUCCGUUUCUUGGAGCCAGUGGAGAGUCAAUGCCUCCUGCUUUGUUCCCUGUGACUUGCAGGAACUCAAGGACCAGUGCCCAGCCUUGCCAGAGAAAGAUGCCAUCCGGUGGGUGAUCACUGUGCCGGCCAUCUGGAAACAGCCUGCCAAGCAGUUUAUGAGGGAGGCUGCCUACCUGGUGAGUAAAAAAGCCAUGGCUCUUCUUGGCUGCAUCAACAGAAGUCUAGUGUCCAGAUCAAGGGAAAUCAUAGUCCUGCUCUCUUCUGCCUUGGCCAGACCACACCUGGAGUGUGUCCAGGACCUCCUGUGUCCAGUUCUGGGCACCACAAUUUGAGAAGGAUGUUGACGAGCUGGAAUGUGUGCAGAGGAGGGCAAGCAGGAUGAGGGUCUAGAAGCCAAGCCUUAUGAGGAAUGGUUGAAGGAGCUGGGUACGUUUAGGCUGGAAUAAAGGAGACUGCGAGGAGAUAUGACAGCCAUCUUCACAUAUCUAAAGGGCCGUCACAUGGAAGAUGGGGCAAGCUUGUUUUCUCCUGCUCUGGAGGGUAGGGCAUGAACCAAUGGCUUCAAGUUACAAGAAAGGGGAUUACGACUAAACAUUAGAAGAUAAGCAAUUAAAUAGGCCUGAGAUGGUAUUGUUAUAGAUGUUGUUGGGUCCAGUGAUGGUGUUGUCUGGGUGUAUGUGGCAGCAAAGUUGGCAUCUGGGUUUAUUGCAGGCUCUGGUACCAGUGUCCAUGUUAAGUCUGGUUGCUGUACUAUUGUGGGCGAGGAGCUGUUUAAGAUUAGGUGGCUGUUGGUAGGCAAUGAAAGGUCUUCCUCCCAUAGCUUGAGAAAGAGAACUGUCAUUGUCUAGGAGAUGUUGCAAAUCUCUGAUGAUGCACUGAACUGUUUUAACUUGAGAGCUGUAUGUGAUUACUAGUGGUGUUCUGUUAUUUUCUCUUUUGGGUCUGCCUUGCGGCAAGACCAAGCGUUUCAGUUCAGGAGUUUGGCCUUCACACAAUAAAUUCAGGAUGUCAGAUGCCUGAGAGACUCACGCCCCCCCUCUGUGGUUUUGGCUGCCACUGAGCUGUUUUUUCUUUCUUUUUUUAAAAAAAGUAUGGUUUUCAGUUAUAUACGGUACAUUUCAAUAGUUUUGCAGUCAUUUUAACAUUUCAAAACUCACCUUCCUUCCUCCUCCUUCUGCAGUUCCUUAAAUUUAUUUUUAUAAUUUCCUGAAUAUUCUAAAUUAACUUAAGUUAUUCUUUUAUUAAACUACUUUAAUUAUAUACUCUUGUAAAACUGCAGGUUGUUACAAUAAUCCUGCCAAUGUCCUUAUCUGUUACAAUUUGUUUGUGGAUAUUCAAUGAACCAUUUCCAUUCUUUUAUAAAAAAGUUUGUUAUCUUGAUUUCUUAUUUUUCUGGUAAGUUUCGCCAUUUCUGCAUAUUCCAUAAGUUUUUGCAUCCAUUCUUCUUUCCUUAGGACUUCUUCUUCUUUCCAUUUUUGGGCAAAUAACAUUCUUACUGCUGCAAUAUGCUCCAACUCAGACCCUCGAAGUGUCCCUAUUUUCCAGGGACAUCCCUGAUUUACAUAAGCUGUCCCAGGUUCUCAUUUUAUCUUGGAAUGUCCCCCUUUUCCUUUGUUGUUUUACAAUUCGAUGGUUCUGUUGUUGUUGUUGUUGUUGUUGUUUAGUCGUUUAGUCGUGUCCGCCUCUUCGUGACCCCCCUGGACCGGAGCACGCCAGGCACUCCUCUCUUCCACUGCCUCCCGCAGUUUGGUCAAACUCAUGUCGGUAUCUUUGAGAACACUGUCCAACCAUCUCGUCCUCUGUCGUCCCCUUCUCCUUGUGCCCUCCAUCCCUCCCAACAUUAGGGUCUUUUCCAGGGAGUCUUCUCUUCUCAUGAGUGGCCAAAGUCUUGGAGCCUCAGCUUCAGGAUCUGUCCUUCCAGUGAGCACUCAGGGCUGAUUUCCUUCAGAAUGGAGACGUUUGAUCUUCUUUCAGUCCAUGGGAUUCUCAAGAGUCUCCUCCAGCACCAGAAUUCAAAAGCAUCCAUUCUUCGGCGAUCAGCCUUCUUUAUGGUCCAGCUCUCACUUCCAUACAGAGAGAGAGAGAGAGAGAGAGAGAGAGAGAGAGAGAGAGAGAGAGAAGGAAAUGUUGGAGGGCAUGCAAACUUCCUUGCCCUAGUGAAUUCUGCACUGCAUAUUUCUAUGGAUGAUGUUAAUCACUCCUCCAGGAGCGGCUGUUGCCAGAGGCUCUCCAGAGAGGUUUUUGGGCUGUCUUCUGCAACGACUCCUUCCUCCCAGUGACCUCCUUUCUCUUCCUUCCUCCAGGCUGGGCUGGUUCCUUCGGAAAACCCUGAGCAGCUCCUGAUCGCGCUGGAGCCGGAAGCGGCCUCCAUCUACUGCCGCAAACUCCGCCUCAACCAGCUGAUCGACUUGAGCUACAAGCCCCAGGCCAACGGGCUCAUGUCGGAUCUGCCCAUCGAUUCCAGCUUCAGGCAGGGUAAGACGCAGGGAUCCUGCGCUCUGGAGCGAGCAAAAGGGCAGACCACUCUUUAUUACUGUGUUUGGCUUUCUUUAAGUUGGGCUGUGUCUAAAACUUGCCAUUUAGGUUUUCAAACAUUUUUUGUAAAUUUAGGAUUAGAAACUAUACCUUUGAGCCCUUAAUCCUUUAUUACUGUGCUUUGCUUCACCUAGUUUGAGCUAGGAUUAUAAUGCUUCAGAAUUUUGGGGAGUUUUAAUCCCCUUUUUUGAAUUUUGGUCAUUUAAGGUUUAUGAUCUUUCUAUUUCCUUCUGAGGAAACUGAAUAGUUCAGUGAAACAAAGUUUGUAGCCGGCAUCCCAUUAAGGCUUUGUACAAUUCUAGGUUUUUCUAAAAUUUUCCUUAAACUUUUUGAUUUUUAUUAUUUAGUUUAUUUCUAUAAGAUAAUUUAGGGACGCAGGUGGCGCUGUGGGUUAAGCCACAGAGCCUAGGACUUGCUGAUCAGAAGGUCGGUGGUUCGAAUCCCCGCAACGAGGUGAGCUCCCAUUGCUCGUUCCCUGCUCCUGCUAACCUAGCAGUUCGAAAGCACAUCAAAGUGCAAGUAGAUAAAUAGGUACCGCUCUGGCGGGAAGGUAAACGGCGUUUCCGUGCGCUGCUCUGGUUUGCCAGAAGCGGCUUAGUCAUGCUGGCCACAUGACCAGCGGACAAACGCUGGCUCCCUUGGCCAAUAAAGCGAGAUGAGCGCCACAACCCCGGAGUCGGCCACAACUGGACCUAAUGGUCAGGGGUCCCUUUACCUUUAUAAGAUAAUUAGUCGAUUACUUCUCGUUUCAGGGAUUUUCACGGUAUUUCAUUUGUUUUGUGUAAAGACACAGAGGACCUAGCUUUUAGGGAGUUGCUCCUACUGAAUCAGACCCGUCUACGGCGAUGGCCUUUGGGUGGCUUUGAAAAAGGACACGUGAAGGUCAAAUUGGUUGGUGUCUUCUUGGCCAACCCCCUGCAAUGCAGGAAUCUCAGCUAAAGCAGCCAUGGCAGAUGACCGUCCAAACUCUGCUUUAAGACCUCCAGGGGUUAUGGUUAUCAUCUCUCAUCCAGGCUAAAAAACCCCAGCUCCUUACGAUGUACUUACAGAAAUAGUGUAAAGAAAUGAACUCCCUAGCAGGAUUUGACUAAACACUUACAAUUACCAAACAGAAUAAUAAUAAUUAUAAUAAUAAUUUAUUUAUACUCUGCCCAUCUGGCUAAGUUUCCCCAGCCACUCCGGGCGGCUCCCAAUCGAGUGUUAAAACAAUACAGCAUUAAAUAUCAAAAACUUCCCUAAACAGGGCUGCCUUCAGAUGUCUUUUAAGACAUCUUCAGGUUCUGCCUUCUGGAAGAAGAUAUAGGGUUAUAAAGACCAGGACUAGCCACCUCAGAAACAGUUUCUACCCAAAUGCAAUUCUGGUUCUAAACGCAGUAUAAGGAGUCUCUAUAGUAUAUUGUAUUUUAAAAUGGGGUUCCAGAGUUUUUAGAGGUUUUUGAAUGUCUUAUGUAGAUUUUUCAAUUUCGUUGUUCUGUAUGGGACAGUGACAAUAAAGAUAUCGUAUCGUAUCGUAAAGUUAAGAUAGCUGCUUAUUUCCUUCACAUCUGAAGGGAGGGUUCCACAGGGCAGGUGCCACUACCAAGAAGGCCCUCUGCCUUCUCAGAGGGAGGGAACCGCCAGAAGGCCCUUGGAACUGGACCUCAGUGUCCGGGAAGAACGAUGGGGGUGGAGACGCUCCUUCAGGUAUACAGGACCAAGGCCAUUUAGGGCUUUAAAGGUCAGCACCAACACUUUGAAUUGUGCUCGGAAACGUACUGGGAGCCAAUGCAGAUCUCUCAGGACCACUGUUAUAUGGUCUCGGCGGCCACUCCCAGUCACCAGUCUAGCUGCUGCAUUCUGGAUUAGUUGUAGUUUCUGGGUCACCUUCAAAGGUAGCCGCAGAAUAAAGAAAGGACCUAAUUUAGAGAAUACAGUACCGCGGUAUAACCAAAAAGCAGGGAAACUAUUAUGCAACAAACCAGAAGAGGAAGCAAGGGAAGUCAUAGGGUGGUUGUAUUUGGGUUUGGGUUUAUAUCUGAGAUGAUGUUCUUGUGAUGAAGAUAAAAAUGUAAAAAUCAAUAAAAACUAUUUAAAAAAUAAAAUAAAAAAUACCCAGCUCCUUCGACUGUUCCUCAUCAGGCUCCAUUUCCAGACCCCUGGUCAUGUUGGCCACCCUCCUCCACACAGCUUCCAGUUUGUCAACAUCCUUCUUAAAUCAUGGUGACCUCUUCUGAAUUCGGAUCGUGACCCUUUUAGCCCCCUUCAAUUCCCCCUCGUCUGUGCGGCAUCCUCCCUAAAUCUGGAUGCGCACAAGGCCACUGACAGCAUAGGGAUGAGAAAGUGUGGGGCAGCAGUAGCUGGGGGAAUUAAAAGGAAGCACAACCCACAUUAAGCCAAGGUGAGAUGUGCUGAUACCCAUGUGGUCAGUUGCCUUGGCAAUAUCUUGUGGCAGUGAGUUCCGCAGGUGGUGUGUGCAUCUUCUACCCAGCUCCACCCAGUUUUCCCUCUUGGGCUGCCUAUUCUCUGACGGAGCCGUUUUAAAAAACAGUAAGAAAAGGGGGAAAGCAUCAGAAGACAGUGGUUUAAAUUAAGGUUUCCACACAUCUGGUCUUCAUUUGAUUUUAUUAGCAGAACAAACCACAGUUAUUAAAGAAUCCGUCUCACUGCAAACAGCUUUGCCGAGUCUUCUGCAGCUCUGCCUGUAGGAAGGAGAGUUGAGGGAGCCUUUCUUGAUUCCACCAGCGAGUACCACGCCUGAAGUUUCCAGGAUCUGAACCACAGUGCCCCUCUCCUUCUAAGCAGAAGUUAUUCAACCCCUCUCUCAGAUCAACAGUCUUGGGACCCUUUCUGAACACAAAACUUGGUCUGCCUCACAAAGCAAAGGCAUUCCGCACAUGCUCAGGAAGGGAGUAUUGUACAUAUGAUUACUAAAACCCCCCAUGGGCUUCUCAAAAACAAGUCAUGCCACACGAAUCUCAUUUCUUUUUUUUUUUUUGAUGGAGCUACAAGCUUGGUGGAUCAGGGGAAUGCUGCGGACAUAGUGUAUCUUGACUUCAGCAAGGCUUUUGACAAAGCCCCCUGUGACCGUCUUGCAAGGAAGCGGGGAGGUUUUUAAGCGGAUGCUUGAGCUGAGAUUCCAGCAUUGCAGGGGGUUGGACUAGAUGACCCUCGGGGUCCCUUCCAACUCUAUGAUUCUGAGAUUCAUUUAUCCUGACAUUUAUAUCUUUCUUUUUCUUUUUUUUUUUGAAUUUGAAUUUUAUUUAUUUGUUAACAUUCUUAUAUUACAUUGGUAAACGUUGUCAUGUUACAUUACAGGACUUACUAUAAUAUAAUUUCCAACAUGCAUACCAAAAUUAUAUACAAAUUUUACAUACCUAGAAAGAAAAUGAAACUAAAGAAAGAACAAAGAGAAAAAACAAAAACAAUUCCCCCCCCCAAAAAAAUUAUACAUAUCAACACACUAGACUUCCUGUCUAUCCCCUUCUCGGUGGUGGCGCCCACCUGUGGAACACCCUCCCACUAGAUGUCAAAGAGAGCAACAACUACCAGACUUUUAGAAGACAUCUGAAGGCAGCCCUGUUCAGGGAAGCUUUUAAUGUGUGACAUUUUGGUGUAUUUUUAAUCUUUGUUGGAAGCCGCCCAGAGUGGCUGGGGAAACCCAGCCAGAUGGGCGGGGUACAAAUAAAUUGUUGUUGUUGUUGUUGUUGUUGUUGUUGUUGUUGUUGUUAUUACUACUACUGUAUUAUUAUUAUUAUCUUCCUCCAUGGGUCGUGCAAACCGCUGUUCUGAGCAAGGAGGCGCUGGGGCUGAGUUUAUGAAACCAAGCAGGGUUGUGGCCCAGAACACUGAUCUAACUGCUACACUACACUUUGUACAUGUUCAGAGGCACUGGGCCCAAAGGGCCAGAACUGUUGAAAGCCCUCCCUAGGUGUGAGCUGAGGCAAAACAUUUCUCUUUGUGGCUUAGGCUGAGUUACGAUACAAUACGAUAAUCUUUAUUGUUAUUGUCAUUGUCUCAUACAGAACAACGAAACUGAAAAUCUACAUAAAACAUUCAAAACCCAACAAACCUGCGAUCCCAGCCAUCCCAACCUGGUUAGCCCCCUAAAAACUCUGAUACCCCAUAAUUACAGACAAUAUACUCCAUAGAGACUCCUAUUACUGCGUUUAAAACCAAAAUCGCAUUUGGGUAGAAACUGUUUCUCAGGCGGCUAGUCCUAGUCUUUAUAACCCUGGACCUUCUUCCAGAAGGCAGAAGCUGAAAGAGAUCAGAGGGAUUUUGGUUUUCAAAUGCUGUCUCCUCCAAAAAUGACUCUGAGGUGCUAAUCUGAAGGCUGCUUUUAGAUCUGUGCAUGCUUGUGCGAGAGGCAAGGUCUGUGAUUCUAAAGAAAGGCUUCUGUCUCGAAGCCAAGGGAGGGAAGCCGGAAGUCGGGAGACUCUCAGGAGGGAAGUUGUCGGGGAAAUGGCCUGUUUCCUGAAACCUUGGCCGGGUCAGGGACCUUCCCUGCAUCUGUUUGGCCUUGGGGGUGGGGGGGAGAAGGCUAACUGUCCUCAGCCCCCCCCACGGACCAUGCAGCCUGCACUGCAGUGCUGCUUUUACCCAAGGCGCUCCAGAUCUUGCUCGUGGCGACUCCAGAACAACUUCAGAUUGCUGGGCAUUGCUCCUGGACUUCUCGGGAGCGUUCCCUAUCUCCCCAUUUUCUUGCUCAAACAAUUUUUGCAACCACUGGUCCGAUGGAGGAGAGAGUCAGAUCUUGAGUCUCUGCCUCAUUUAUUAGGGGUGUUAAUUGUGAUUCCUGCAUUGCAGGGGGUUGGACUAGAUGAUGAUGAUGAUGAUGAUGAUGAUAAUAAUAAUAAUUUAUUUAUACCUUGCCACUCUGGGCGGCUUCCAACAAAAUAUUAAAAUACAGUAAUGCAUCAAACAUUAAAAGCUUCCCUAAACAGGGCUGCCUUCAGAUGUCUUCUAAAAGUCUGGUAGUUGUUGUUCUCUUUGACAUCUGGUGGGAGGGAGUUCCACAGGGCGGGUGCCACUACCAAGACUCUUGGGCGCCCCCUUCCAUUUCUACAGUUCCAUGCAGCGCUUUUUUCCUGGGGGGGGUGCAGAGGUACGCGCACCCCUACACAUUUUCUGUAUCUUUGUACUUUUGUCCAUUUACUGUAUUUAUUUUCCCUGAUUUGAAUUAUAAAAUGGUGGUUUUUUCUUGAGUCAAAAUGAGAGUAUUUUUUUUUUUAGGAAAAAAGCACUGGUUCUAUGAUUCUAAGCCCAAGAGGUUUCUGAAGGCAAAAACACCCCUCUGUGUAUCUGUUUCUCUUCAGCUCCCUUCUGUGCCCUUCCUAAUAAGAUGAUGCCCAAGGCCAGAGGCAAAGUUCCUGCAUUGCAGGGGGGCAGAUUAGAUGGCCUUUGGGUGCCCCUCUGACUCUAGAAUUCUAGGACCCUUUGCAGGACAUUGUGUUACAGCUAAGCUGAACGGCGUGAAAUGCCAGCCCAAGAGUCUGGUUAAAACCAUACCUGGACACACACUGUGUUUUCUUUCAGCUUUCAAUUAUUGCUUACCUUCAACUAAAAUAAUAAUAAUAAUAAUAAUAAUAAUAAUAAUAUAUAAUUAUAAAAAUAAAAAUAAAAAUUUUAUUUAUACCCCGCCCUCCCCAGCCAAGACCGGACUCAGGGCGGCUAACACCAGGCAUAAAAACAAUUGAUUGAAAUACAACUUAAAAAACAAGAUUAAAAUACAACAUUAAAAUGCAGCCUCAUUUCAGUAGGAACUCAAAUCAAAAACUUUUGGGAGGAUGAAAACGUCAAAUCUUCACCAAGGCCAACUAUCCAGACUGGUCCUGCAUGGGCCAGAAAAAAGCCAGGGAAGUCCCCAAAUAGGAGUUCCAUCACAGAAAGAGAAAGGAAAAAGGAAAGAGGGGGAGGGGAUCAAGUUGAUUCCAAGCCAAAGGCCAGGCAGAACAACUGUCUUACAGGCCCUGCGGAAAGAAAUCAGAUCUUGCAGGGCCCUGGUCUCGUGAGACAGAGCGUUCCACCAAGUUGGGGCCAGUGUUGAAAAGGCCCUGGCUCUGGUUGAGGCUCAUCUGACUUCCUUAGGGCCCCGGGCCACUAGGGUGUUGCUAUUUAUGCACCUUAAGGUUCUCCGUGGGGCAUAUCAGGAGAGGCAGUCCCGUAGGUACGAGGGUCCUAGCUCCCCUGCUGAAGAGUUCAGUGUGACCUGGAAGCUUGCACCUUGUACUUUUGCCUACAACUAGUCCAAUUGAAACUCCCUGGGUGACCAUGGGCCAGCGACUCGCUCUCAGCCCAACCUACCUCGCAGGGUUGAUUUGAAGACGACAUGGGGAGGUCGCGAGCCGUACGCCACCUUGUGCUGCUUGGAGGAAUGGCGGGAUAUAAAAAAAUAAUAAAUAAAAUAAAAUAAUAGGAGCUGGAUAGCUCAGUCGGUUACGAGUGUGGUACUGAUAAUGCCAAGAUUUUAGGUUCAAUCCCUGUGUGGGACAAUUGCAUAUUCUUGCAUUGCAGGGCAUUGAAGAUCCUCAGGCUACAUUCUAUGGUUAUAAAACAAAACAACGAAGGGAUUAUUCCAUUUCCUCUGUGUGUGUGUGUGUGUGUGUGUGUGUGUUUUCCCCAUCUUGCUGCUGCCUUACUUUCCUAUCCGUCUCCCUGCAGCCCGAGAACAACUCCGCCGUUCCAGACACAGCCGCACGUUCCUGGUCGAGUCCGGGAUGGGAGAGCUCUGGUCCGAAAUGCAGACAGGUAGGAAGGUCCAGUGGGGCAAUUCAUUUCCCCCCCCCAAAAAAAUCCCCCCAUUUUUUUAUUGAUUUUCACAUCAUCAUCAUCAUCAUCAUCAUCAUAAAUUUUAUUUAUAUCCCGCCCUCCCCAGCCGAAGCCGGGCUCAGGGUGGCUAACAACAAUAAAACAGUACAACAGUACAACACAACACAACACAACACAACACAACACAACACUCUAAAAUCAUUCAUUAUAAAAUUAAUUCAAAUCAAGCCACUGGCAACCAUUGGGCCAAGCUCCGCGAAGAUUGCCGAGGGAGGGAGUCAGGCUGUGCCUUGGCCAAAGGCCUGGUGGAACAGCUCUGUCUUGCAGGCCCUGCGGAAAGAUGUCAAGUCCCGCAGGGCCCUGGUCUCUUGGGACAGAGCGUUCCACCAGAUCGGGGCCACAUCCGAAAAGUCCCUGGCUCUAGUUGAGGCCAGCCUAACUUCUCUGUGGCCUGGGACCUUCAAGAUGUUUUUAUUUGAAGACCGUAAGUUCCUCUGUGGGACAUACCAGGAGAGGCGGUCCCGUAGGUACGAGGGUCCUAGGCCGUAUAGGGCUUUAAAGGUUAAAACCAGCACCUUAAACCUGAUCCUGUACUCCACCGGGAGCCAGUGCAGCUGAUAUAACACCGGGUGAAUGUGAUCUCGCAGCGAAGACCCAUAAGGAGUCUCGCUGCAGCAUUCUGCAAACAAACAAACAAACAUCAUAACCUUAUUAAAAUUACACUUAUUAACAUUGUUAAUUGACUUCCUCGUUUCCCCUUGGUUGAAUUUCAAUGUAUAUCCUUUUAACGGUUUUCCAAAUAAAGUUCUUAUAAAUUUAUCUUGAACAACUAACAUCCUUGAUUCUUUUCAUUUCUAGAUUAAACAUGUUAAUUCUUAACUUAAUGUAUGUAAAAUCCUAAGCCAAUCAAGUACCUGCAAGCUUUUUCCAAUUAGUUUAACUUAACAUAUUUAACUAAAUAAUCAUUAAAUUUUGUCCAUUGUUCCUGAUACACCUCCUCCUUCUGGUCGCGGACUCUUCCGGUUAGGACGGCUAGCUCCAAGAAAUCCAUCAUCUUCAUCUGCCAUUCUUCCACCGUAGGUAGUUCUUGCAUUUUCCACUUUUUAGCUAGUAAAAUUCGAGCAGCAGUUGUGGCAUACAAAAAUAAUUUAACAUCUUUCUUGGGCAGUUCCAGACCUGUUAUUCAAAGAAGAAAGGCCUCUGGUUUCUUUAUAAAUGUAUAUUUCAACAUUUUUUUUCAACUCAUUAUAAAUCUUUCUCCAGAAGUCUUUCACGUUGGGACAGGUCCACCACAUGUGGUAAAAAGUUCCUUUUUAAAAUUCAUUUUAUAACACAACUAAACAACACAAACAGAAAAAACAAACAAUGCAAACAAAUUCUUGACUUAUCCUUAUUUUUUCUAAACAUUGUUAUGUGAGCUUCCCCAAGUCCCCCCUAUGUGAUUUUUAUUUUACCUCAUCUUUAGCAGUUUAUAUAUAUCAUAAUUUUAACCAUUUUUUAUCACACUUACUUUAACCAUAAAAAUCUUCACAUUUUAUCACUUACAAAUAAUACUAUUUUAAAAUACACUAUCUUCUACUUCUAACCCUACAGCCUAUAUCCACUUCCAAAGCUAUUAUUAACAUAUUUUUCAAAUAUUCCUUAAACUUCUUCCAAUCUUCUUCCACCGUCUCUUCUCUCUGGUCUCGGAGUCUUCUGGUCAGUUCAGCAAGUUCCAUAUAGUCCAUCAUCUUCAUCUGCCAUUCUUCAAUAGUUGAUAAAUCUUGUUUCUUCCAAUUCUUCGCUAGUAAUAUUCUUGCAGCUGUUGUGGCAGACAGAAGCCAGUGGGGCAAUUCAAAGGUGAGGAAAGGAGGGAAAUUCGACUGAGUUUUUUAAAAGAAGAAUUCAGAAGUCAGCUGGGAUGUGUGUGUGUGGAGCGAAAUAUUCUGCAGUUUGCAGGACUGAUGGAUUGAUUACAGUGGUACCUUGGUUUACAACCUUAAUCCAUUCCGGAAGUCCGGCCUUAAACCAAAGCGGACUUAAACCAAGAUGCGCUUUCCCAUAAAGAAACGCUUGGGUUGCAAACGUGAUCCGUGUGGGAUGCAUGUUCACAACCCGCAGCGUUUGCAACCCGCAGCGGUGGGUCUGCACAUGCGCGGGUUGCGAUUUGGUGUUUCUGCACAUGCGUGAGCACCGAAACCUGGAAAUAACCCGUUCCGGUACUUCCAGGUUUCAGCGGGUCCGUAACUCGGAAAAACGCAACCUGAAGUGUCUGUAACCCGAGGUAUGACUGUAUUCAUUUAAACAUCCCUAAAAUAUCAACAACAGCCUGGUGUGCUCUGGUCCAUGGGGUCACGAAGAGUCGGACACGACUAAACGACUAAACAACAACAAUAACAACAUAUUAUUUUCCGUUCAGCAGCCUAACAGUCCACAGAUAGAACCUGUUUUUUAGCCUGUUGGUACGACUGAUUAUACUUCUAUAUCUCCUGCCCGAGGGUAGAAGAUUAAAGAGGUGCUGCCCGGGGUGUGAAUUGUCCCUGGGAAUUUCUCUCACUCUCCUAAGGCAACGAUCCCUUGCGAUGUCAUCUAGCUGGCUCAGGGGGAAAGCCCAUGAUGUCAUGCGCUGUGUUCGCCACCCUCUGUAAAGACUUCCCUUCUUCUCUUUCCAGGGCUCAUUCUGCAUAACAUAAAUCCCUGUAUAUUUUUUAUAAACGAAACCAUUCAGCAUUCCAUUGUUGCAUCCAUCAAAACUUCAUUUUGCAUCAGAACUCUCGCGGCUGUUGUCGCAUACAUCUGGACCCUCCUUCCUUGGAGGUUUCUCAGCAGAGGUCGGAGGGCCAUCUGUCAUGGAUGCUUCAGCUGAGAUUUCUGCCUUGCACGGGGGUUGGACUAGAUGACCCUCAGGUAUCCCUUCCAACUCUAUGAUUCUGUGAUUCCUUUCCCGAACCUGGCAUCACCACCUUCUUUCCUUCAUCCCGCAGGGGACCGCUACAUCGUGGCCGACUGUGGCGGAGGGACCGUUGAUCUGACCGUGCACCAGAUUGAACAGCCACAGGGGACCCUCAAGGAGCUCUACAAAGCGUCAGGUGAGGGGGGGCUGGGGAGAGUCCACAGAGCAAGGCCACCUGCAAGGAGGUCCAGGGCUGUAGGUGGAGGAGAAAGGUAAACUUAUCUCAUUCACGCUUUCCGAAACCCUACGGAAUCUGAAACACAGAAUUCGUACUUCUCCGAAUUUUGCGGUGCAGUUCUCCGGCCAAAACAAUGUGUGCAAGAAUGCACAUGACUGUGGUAAAGCUUGGCUAAAACUGCAUAUAAUUAUGGUAAGGAGAGCCAUACCAUACCUUGGAAGUCGUACCUUGGAAGUCGAAUGGACUUCCGUUCGACUUCCAAAACGUUCGAAAACCAAAUCACAGUUUAUGAUUGGUUGCAAGAAGCUCCUGCAGCCAAUCAAAAGCCACAGAAGCCCCGUUGGACGUUUGGGUUCCAAAAGAAUGUUUGCAAACAGAAUGUUUGCGGAACAGUCACUGUUUGCGGUGUUCAGGAGCCAAAACGUCCGAGUUCCAGGGCGUUUGGGACCGAAGGCGCAACUGUAUUUGGCAAAAUUCCACACAAACAUGACUGCAGCCCUGAACUUUCAUGUAAGCCGUGCAAUUUUGCAGCUUUGAAAGGCGGCUGGGUUUGUGCCCAGGUUUGUUUCCCACCCAGCUAUUUGGCUAGAACGGCCAUUCCAGGGUUUCCAGGGUUGUUUGAAGCUGGCCUCCCCUGUUGGUGUUCUGAUGUUAGAGUUCCACCUAGUGGCUGAAACUGAAAUAGCAAGCAAGAAGCAAAAUAAGAAGGAAAAUCAAAGCCUUUAUUUGAAGGUGGAAAUGCAAAUGUCUGGGACUCACUGCAUUCUUCGGAUAGGUUGCUCAUAUUUGCAACAACAGCUUAAGGAAGUGCAUUCCUCAGCUCAGGGGGCCACCCCAGUCAGUGCCCUGACCUUUGGGAAAACAACAAACAAUACAAGCAACACGCAGACCAGUAUACUAGAUAGCACUGUAAUUCUUAUUGCAUAAUAUACAUGAUUUAGUAGCAAAAACAAAAUGUGUGCACUUGUAAAUUCUCCAAUAUAUUUGAAAUCAAUUGAACACACGUCUGUCAAUCUUUGAAAGUCCGCAGAAGUAUAAUAAGUCUAUAGUUGAAACAAAGUAAUAGAUGCUAUCCUGUGGGCUAAGCGGUAAAACUUUUUAGGCGUUCGUGGUGCCGAAGUAGUAGGUGAAUAACAAUGUAGGACAGUGAUCCCGGAUAAUCUGACUGUUUCGCUGGAAUCUUCUUCAGCACAAACCAUAGAUUAGAAAAAGGCACAAGGAGCAGUGGUCAUGUGGAUAUGCAAUAUGUUAUUCACUUACUUACUUUCAAAGAUUGACAGACGUGUGUUCAUUUGAUUUCAAAUAUAUUAGACAAUUUACAAGUGCACACAUUUUGUUUUUGUUACUAAAUCAUGUAUAUUAUGCAAUAAGAAUUACAGUGUUAUCUAGUAUACUGGUCUGCAUGUUGCUUGUAUUGUUUGUUGUGUUAAGUUUGCACCACAGGGGUUUGUUGUUCUGUAUUGUUGAUGUACCCUGACCUUUGGGAGGGCAGAAAACACAGAGAGAGACUAGCUUCUCUUAGGCCCUGAAAGCCCCAUAUCCUUCAUACCAUUAUUAUUAUUAUUAUUAUUAUUAUUAGCCCACCUUUUUCCUCCAAGGAGCUCAAGAAGGCAUACAUGGUUUCCCAUCUCCUCAUUCUGUCCCACAGCAACCCUGCAAAGUAGGCUAGGCUGAGAGGCAGCCCAAGGUCCCAACUGGUGAACUGCAUUGCCAAGCAGAGAUUUGAACCCUGGCCCCUGAAGCCUUAGUUUGAUCCGCUAGCCACUGUGCCAUGCUGCCCCUCUCCCUUGCUCCUUUGACCUUCCCUCUCCUGUCGCUGCCUUCCAGGAGGUCCUUACGGGGCCGUGGGGGUGGACUUGGCCUUCGAGAAACUUCUCUGCCAGAUCUUUGGCGAGGACUUCAUCGCCACCUUCAAGGCCAAGCGCCCAGCGGCCUGGGUCGACCUGACCAUCGCGUUCGAGGCCCGCAAGCGGACAGCUGCCCCUCACCGCGCCAACUCCCUCAACAUCUCCCUGCCCUUCUCCUUCAUCGACUUUUACCGGAAGCACCGGGGACAGAACGUGGAGACGGCUCUGAAGCGCAGCAGGUGAGGCUCCCAGAGGGUUGGAUGAAAAUGGGGGUUGGGAUAGAUGACCACUGGGGUCCCUCCUCACUCUCGGAUGACCUUGGCCCUGGCAGGGAUAAAAGGAUCACAAUUCCACUGCCCCACCCCAAGUUCUUUCCCCUUUUGUUAAAAAUCGGAGGCCUUCUUUCAGUAGGACACCAUCAGGGCAGUGUAGAUUGGUCAUUGCAAUUAGACUAAAACAGCAUAAAAUGAAGCAGAAAGAUUGAAUGGUCUCAGGAUCUCGGACAUACUAUCUGUUAUGUACUGAAGUUCUCACCCUGGGCCAGCAGGGGGAUACUGUAGAUAGUUUUCACUCAGGUCCACAUAUGCAAAUAAGGGAUCGAAAGUGACAUUCAGUGAUUGGAUAGUUACAGAAAGUGGUUACUGUUGCGUUGUAGUGGAGCUCUAUAUAAGCAGGCUGGCUAAACCCUUCAGUUCGGUUCUGUUCUAGCCUGUGAAUAAACAAGAGCUGUUUGAAGAAUCGCUGUGUCGUCUGAUAUGUUCACCCACAACUUAACACUAUCCAUCUAGAGCAAUGGGAGAAACUCUGGCGAGAGGGUAUACGAUUUACUGCCUCAUAUACAAUUAAAGAAAAUUUUGUAAAGGUAUUCUAUAGGUGGUACUUAACGCCAGUUAAGUUGGCAAAGAUAUAUAAAUUGAAAUCCAACGUCUGUUGGAGAAGUGGUCGAGAAAUAGCAACUACAAUAUAUAUGUGGUGGAGGUGUGAGGAAAUUAAGAAAUUUUGGAUAGUAGUACAUGAAGAACUAAAGAAGAUUUUGAAAAUAUCAAUAGCAAAGAAACCACAGACAUAUCUUCUUGGAUUGAUAGAUGAAGAGAUACCACAGGGGGAAGAAAGAAUUUUUCUAUAUGCAAGUACAGCUGCUAGAAUAGUGAUCGCUGCUAGUGGAAGUCACAAACUAUACCCACAAAGGAGGAAUGGAUUUGUAAACUUAAUGAAUAUUUAAUUGUGGCAAAAUUAAUUGCUAUAAUAAGAAAUCAGUCGAAUCAAAAAUUAAAAAAGGAGUGGAAACGUUUUGAUGAAUAUAUGGCAAAAUAUUGCUGGGGGGGAAAGAUACGCUAAUAUGCCUAGAUUAAAAUGUGAAGUACUAGAUGGAAGAAAAAUUAGUAAGGAAAGAUAACAAGACUAUAUAGAUGAUUUGAGAAGACUGUAGAAUGGAAAGAUUAUUGUAAAUUGUAUAAUGUGGAGGAAAUCGAGUGGGGGGGGCGGAGGGAAGUGGGAGGAAGGAGAAAAGAAUAAUAUGAUAGAUUGAGGAAAUAGAAAUGUAAUGGGGAGGAAAUGGUGUUGGUUUUGGUACAUGUGUAUUGUAAUGUAAUGUGAAAACCAAUAAAUAAAUAAAUAGCAAAAAAACCACGAAAAAUAAAAUAAAAAUAAAAAUGUAUAAGCAAUCUCUUUUCUGGCAUCUCCAGCGUGAACCUGGUGAAGUGGUCCUCGCAAGGGAUGCUGCGCAUGUCCUCUGAAGCCAUGAAUGAGCUCUUCCAGCCAACCAUCAGCCAGAUUAUCACACAUAUCGGUGAGUCCCCCAGUUGGAGAGCUCGGCUGUGUGCAGAAACUCAAGCUGGGUGCCAACCUUCUUUCUCCUGUGGGCAAUGCCCUGAAAUGGGCAAAAGGGAAAAAAAGUGUGUCAGUUUGUGAGUGUGGAUAGCUUCGUUGGUAGAGAAUGAACCGCUUAAACUUAGUGUUGCGAGUUCGAGUCCUGCACUGGGUUUCCUGCGUUGCAGGGGAUGGACCAGAUGAUCCUCAGGGUCCCGUCCAAUUCUAUAUUGAUAUCAUUUUGCUGGUCAGUUCCACCAACUUGCAGCCUGAUCCUGCAGACAGCCGCAAGGCCCAAGUGUGAGACUCCCAAGUUCCCCCUGACCUGUGGUCUUGCUAGCCUCCAAGUGUCCAUAUUUUCCAGGGACAGUCUCGGACUUACAGAAGCCACCCCGGUUUCUGAUUUGAUCCCAAAAUGUCCCACUUGGACCUCCCUAUUUUCAUCAGAGAUUUGUUGGUGGGUAUGGAGUUAUGCAACCCACAAGCCAAGGAGAUAGGCAAGUAUACAACUUUUUAGACACUUUUAGAAGGCAGUCUUAUAUAGGGAAGGCGGUUUUUUUAUGUUUAAUGCUUUAUUAUAUUUUUAUAUAAGGGUCACGGGUGGCACUGUGGGUUAAACCACAGAGCCUAGGACUUACCGAUCAGAAGGUCGGCGGUUCGAAUCCCCGCAACGGGGUGAGCGCCCGUUGCUCGGUCCCUGCUCCUGCCAAUCUAGCAGUUUGAAAGCACAUCAAGUGCAAGUAGAUAAAUAGGUACCGCUCUGGCGGGAAGGUAAACAGCGUUUCCGUGUGCUGCUCUGGUUCGCCAGAAGCGGCUUAGUCAUGCUGGCCACAUGACCCGCCAGCUCCCUCGGCCAAUAAAGCGAGACGAGCACCGCAACCAGAGAGUCGGCCACAACUGGACCUAAUGGUCAGGGGUCCCUUUACCUUUUACCUUUAUAUUUUUAUAUCCAGUGGUAGUCUCGAACUUAAUCCGUUCCGGGAGUCCGUUUGGCUCCCAAAACCGUUCGAAAACCAAGAUGUGGCUUCCGAUUGGAUGCAGGAGCUCCCUGCACUCAAGCGGAAACCGUGUCAGACGUUCAGCUUCUGAAAAAUGUCCACAAACAGGAACACUUACUUCUGAGUUUGCGGCGUUGGGGAGUCGAUUUGUUCAGCAACUCAGCCAUUUGAGAACCAAGGUACCAAUGUAUGUUGGAAGCUGCCCAGUCGGAUGGUUUCAUACAAGUAAUAAAAUUAUUAUUUUCAUGGAACAGGACAUUCCAAUUUUCACCAGAGAAACAUUGGAGGGUAUGCAAUUGGGGGCAGCAAUACUUCUGAAUCCCAGUUGCUGGAAACUGCAGGAGCGGAGAGAGGUCUUGUGUUCAAAUCCUGCUUGCUGGUUUCCCACAGACAUCUGGCUGGCCUCUUAGGUUCUUUCUGCUGACAGUGAGCCUACCUGACAGGUGUGGAGGGUCAGAAAAGCCUCAGCUCUUCCCUGAAGCCUUGUACUGUUUUUGGGGGACAGGAGGCAGGCUGGUGUGGGGGACUCCCUGGUCCUGAAUGGGGUAACUGUGCCCCUGAAGGACCAGGUGCGCAGCCUGGGAGUCAUUUUGGACUCACAGCUGUCCAUGGAGGCGCAGGUCGAUUCUGUGUCCAGGGCAGCUGUCUCCCAGCUCCAUCUGGUAUGCAGGAUGAGACCCUCCCUGCCCACCGACUGUCUGGCCAGAGUGGUGCAUGCUCUGGUUAAAUCCUGCUUGGACUACUGCAAUGUGCUCUACGUGGGGCUACCUUUGAAGGUGACCCGGAAACUACAACUAAUCCAGAAUGCGGCAGCUAGACUGGUGACUGGGAGUGGCUGCUGGGACCCCAUAACACUAGUCUUCAAAUAUCUACACUGCCUCCCAGUACGUUUACGAGCACAAUUCAAAGUGUUGGUGCUGACCUUCAAAGCCCUAAACGGCCUCGGUCCAGUAUAUCUGAAGGAGUGUCUCCACCCCCAUCGUUCUGCCUGGACACUGAGGUCCAGUGCCGAGGGCCUUCUGGCGGUUUCCUCCCUAUGAGAAGCCAAGUUACAGGGAACCAGGCAGAGGGCCUUCUCGGUGGUGGCAUCCUCCCACCAGAUGUCAAAGAGAAGAACAACUACCAGACUUUUAGAAGACAUCUGAAGGCAGCCCUGAUUAGGGAACCUUUUAAUGUUUAAUAGGUUAUUGUAUUUUAGUGUUCUGUUGAAAGCCACCCAGAGUGGCUGGGGAAACCCAGCCAGAUGGGCGGGCUAUUAUUAUUAUUAUUAUUAUUAUUAUUAUUAUUGACAGUUACUGGCUCCAAAAUGGAACCUUGCCAAGUUUUUCCACCAUCCUUUUGACCCCUGUGGCCUCUCCACCUCCCUCCACUGUCCCCUCUCUCCCUUCAGGUGACCUCAUGAAGAAGCCGGAAGUCAAAGGUAUCAAGUUCCUCUUCCUGGUGGGAGGUUUUGCCGAGUCCUCGAUGCUGCAACACGCGGUCCAGUCGGCCUUCAGCGCCGUCUGCCGGGUCAUCAUCCCGCAGGACGUGGGCCUGACCAUCCUGAAAGGCGCGGUGCUCUUCGGCCUGGACCCCACCAUCGUCCGCGUGAGGCGCUCCCCUCUGACCUACGGCGUGGGGGUGCUCAACAAGUUCGUGGAGGGCAAGCACCCCAGGGAGAAGCUGCUGGUCAAGGAAGGGAAGAACUGGUGCACCGACAUCUUUGAGAAGUUUGUCUCCGUGGACCAGUCCGUGGCCCUGGGCGAGGUGGUGCAGAGAAGCUACUGCCCUGCGCGGAUGGGGCAGCGGAAGAUCAUCAUCAACAUCUACUGCUGUGGCACCGACGACGUGGUCUACAUCACCGACCCCGGGGUCAGGAAAUGCGGUACCAUCAGCCUCGACCUGGAUGAGUUGGAGGAGCCCAGCUCUCCGAAGAAGAGCAGGAGGGAGAUCCGAGCCAGCAUGCAGUUUGGAGACACAGAGAUCAAGGUGGCAGCCAUGGAUGUCCAGACGUCAAAGACCGUGAGAGCUUCUAUCGAUUUCCUUUCCAACUGAUGCCCUGGAUAUUUGAGGCCUUGGAGGAGGAGGAGGAGGAAGAAGGGGUUUGGCUGUGGUCCUUCUCCUCCUCUCCUCUGUGGAUUUUUCUGGUUGAGUCAUGUCAGAGUUGGGGAGAAAUCCAGCACAGGUCAGGUUCCAGAAACACGUCCUCUUUGCUUCAACUCGCCAAAGAAAGGCAAGCUGGAAUACCAGGUGGACGGACCCUUUCAUCUUUCCCAUCGUUAGUCUUGGUCUUUGGUGGUGGCAACUGGACCACAGUCAUAUAUUAUCUUCUCAGGACUCUAGAAGAGAGCAGAGGGGUGGGCAGCUUUGCAGGCCAGCAGUAAAAAACUCCAAAGAGAGAAAUUCCGCAGAAGAGGUUGGUCCCAUAACCUUCCCUUCCAUUUCUCUUCAGGUUUUGGAGAGACAAUUUUGCGUGCAAUGAUGGGCCUUGCAGAUGGAAUGGUCCAUGAUGCAGCAGCAGCCCUUCAUUCAAGACCAUAAUUUAACUAGCGGGGAGUUGGAAAUUUUACCUAGCAGUGUCACCAUAGGAAGAUGAAAUGCAAUAUAGUGGUACCUCGGGUUAAGUGCUUAAUUCGUUACGGAGGUCCGUUCUUAACCUGAAACUGUUCUUAACCUGAAGCACCACUUUAGCUAAUGGGGCCUCCUGCUGCCGCUGCACCGCUGGAGCCCGAUUUCUGUUCUCAUCCUGAAGCAAAGUUCUUAACCUGAAGCACUACUUCUGGAUUAGCGGAGUCUGUUACCUGAAGCGUAUGUAACCUGAAGCAUAUGUAACCCGAGGUACCACUGUAUCCACAUUCCAUUCCAUGCAACACCCCCACUCCUAGAAUUGCCAUAUUUCAAAAAGUAAAAACUAGGACAUUCCGGAAAACCCCAAAGUUGUUAAGCUGCUGCUGCUUCUUCUUCUUUACAAAAACACCAAAAAACACAGCAAUUUUUCAAUUGUCUGGCCUAAGAUCUAGGACAAAGUGAUGCCUUCUGGAAACAUGAAGUGUUUACAUAAUAAUAUCCUUAAAUAUUGUUGGGUUCACACACACACACACACACACACACACACACACACAAAUGAAGCAUCUCAGUGCACAAGGUGUUGGAUAAUUAAGACAACUGCACGAGCAAAAAAUAGAAAGGUUCUGUGCUUUUGCAUGGGGAACAGGACGGGCAUUUAAGCCAACGGUGAAUAACAAUGUAUGUCUGAAGCAUGUAUAUUUGGACCUACCUUCCAUUUUAGAGGAAGACUGGCAUGGCUUUAGCUGGGUCUCCCCAACCUCUGUCUUGGACUGCCAAUCCCAUCGGCGGCAGCCAGUGGGUACCAGUGUGAACAGCAGGUGGAGCAGUUUCUCUACUUAUCGUGCCUUAAUCCAAAUAAAAGCCCAGCUCAGCUUCCACCAACCUGCCCAGAGCGGAGGGGCGAGAUUCAUUCAGCUGGGGGCAAGGGGAGAGGCUGGUGACUAGGGCAAUGUUUUGCCUGCUCCCCCAAACCCAAAGCUGUAGCCCAGCCAUCUUGAGGACCUCAGAGCUAUAUUUACUUUUUAGAAGUCUUAUCAGUGAGCAGCUUCUUGUAGGUCCUUUCAGUCUAGUUCUCUUGAUGUAAGCAGAACUGGAGAGGAGGGGCAGAAAUCACAGGUAUAUCUAGGUCAUGGGUGGGCAAACUAAGGCCCGGGGGCUGGAUCCGGCCCAAUCGCCGUCUAAAUCUGGCCCACGGACGGUCCAGGAAUCAGUGUGUUUUUACAUGAGUAGAAUGUGUCCUUUUAUUUAAAAGGCAUCUCUGGGUUAUUUGUGGGGCAUACGAAUUUGUUCGUAUUCUUUUUCAAAAUAUAGUCCGGCCCCCCACAAGGUCUGACAGUGGACCGGCCCCCUGUUGAAAUAGUUUGCUGACCCCUGAUCUAGGUUUGGAUGUUGCCUCCUGGAAAUGGGAGUUUUUUUCUAAGUGUCCAGCUUGUCUCUUCAGAGUCUUGGCUUUUAAACAAUUGAUGCUCAAGUCUUGAGAACUGCUAGCGUCCACUGCAUCUUUGCAAAGGACGGGGAGGAAAUCAGAAUAAAUUGAUUGCCUCCAGUGACACCCCACCCUCAACAGCUCAGAGUCCCUUUAGCCGGCCUGCUCACUGCUCCACCAACCAUCUAUUGCUCUCCAACUAGCCAGGCAGGAUUGCACCGUUCUCUGGAAGAUCUGGCUGAAUAAACUGUCCACAUUGCCAGCCUGCCCCUUCCAAACCGCGACAAAAAGCUUUUCUGGCCUGUCUUUUGAGUCUCUGUCCUGCCUCCUUAAUGCUUGUAAUAUGUCGCUUUGUAGGAACCCACCCAAAAUUUUAUUUUUCUAUAUUGUGUAUAAACCCGCACUCUCUCUUUCUCUCCCUCGGGAGAACGGGUGGACAUUCAUGAGCUUGUUGCGGCCAGUAUGGCUUUAUUAGAGAAAAAUAAACGGAAGUGAUUUUUGCUUUC